CUCCUCAAUCCUGUCGUGGUGCAAGCAGCCAUGUUGCCGCGAGCUUGUUCCGGUAUCAGGGCAGGAUCGUGCGCAUAGACUGCAAUCGGGCACAGCUCCUCGCCUUCCUCCCCCUGUCGCCCGUCACACUAAUUCGCGACGAGAAAAGCUGAGUUUAACAAUAAUGGAUUUUACAACUUGAUCAUUCCCUCCUCAGUCUGCUGCUGGCCUCGGAAUAAUAGCAUCAGUCGGGGUACCGACAGGACGAACUGGUAUAUCGCCACACUGCACUGCAGCACUGGUGAACGACCUUAUUCCAAUCACGCAACACAAGGAAGAGCGCCGGUGAUUUCCGUGGAUUUUGAGUUUUGAGGCUUGCUCUGUGGCAGUCACCGCCACUGCGGCCGCAGGAGGAGAAGCUAACUUGCUAGCUUUGUUUCGGAAGAAACACGGAAUACGCUAGCUACAUUGGCUAAUAUUCACAAGCCAGUGAGCUAGCGCAAACAACAAAUUAUUUCGUGUUUCUCGCCUACCAUGUGACAAUUCUACGUGGUUUUUUUGUUUUAUUUUAGGAUAUCGCGCCCUGGAUUUAUCACUGGGAACAUUUUGAAUGGUUUUGUGUCAAUUGGGAAGGUCGAGGCAUCGCCGGGAAUAACUUUGGCCUGAAAGUUUGCAGACUCCUGACUUGUCUUGAAACCUGAAAGGAACUAUCUCUCUGACAAAAUAGGAAAGGGCGUCGAGACUGCGUGAUGAAAACAACUCCGGAGCAAUAUUUGUUGUGGUUUUAGACGACAGUUGUGGCUGCCCCAGACCUUAGUUAGCAACCUCACAGGUUAGCAUGCUAACCACCUAAUUGAGCCCUCGCUUGUUCAACAGCCAUUGCCCAACUUUUUGUCAAGCUAGCCCAGGUAGCCAGCUUGACAAAACGUCACAACAUCAGUUUGAUAUCUCACCCUACUGUCGACGUCGAUAGAUACUCAUUGGAAAUUGAAUGUUUCACCCGCAGACCUUAGCUAAAGAAGAAUUUUGCCUUUUUUAAGUUACGUGCUUGUUGACAAACAUGGGACGUGUGGUUGCUGCUAGCUAGUUCUUAGCUAGCUGGCUAACUCGGCUAGUCGCUGAUGUGGGAUUCAACUUGUUGAUUCUCGGGCUAUCCGUCGUACUGCUAGCUGGCUAGCACUGGGCAUCUGUUGGACAUUUCCGAGUAUCGUCAGCCCCACGUAUUUUAAAUGCAGAAAAGACAUUAAAAAUCUUCCCUUGACACCGUUCCUGUCUUUGCUGUGGAAACUUCAAUUCUUUCAAAAUGUCAACUAGGAUCCCACUGGUGCAAGUCAUCGAGAAUUCUACCGGGCAGGUAAGAAGGAACUCCAAGAAUAUCCUCCUAAACAUUAUUGUCGUCGAUUUUUUUUUAUCAUUACACCUCUAAAUAUGCUAAGGUAUUCUUUAUUGCUAGAGAGAGGCCCAGGCUGGCCUUCAGUAGUCUUUGCUUGUCUCUAAGCCUUUUUUCCCAUUCUCUGUUGUCUUUGCCACACAGCAGUGAUUCACCAGCUUGCCUACGCACUCACUCUGGAUUUCCCACUCCUUGCAGAAUAGGAGAAUAAAUUUAGGUUUUCUGUUUAGUCUGUGUCUCAGAGCAUGUCCUCCCACUUGACUUUUCAUUAGUUUGACCUGUCGCAACACAGACAACCCCAAGAGAUGGUCUCACAAAUGCUCAACAGCACAGAGGUGUGAAAAUAAUAAUUUCUUAUGACACCUGGAAUUUUUUUUUUGCACCUGUAAAAAUGGUGACAUUGAUAAGCCAUUGAAUUUAAUUACCACUCUUAUAGACUCAUUGAAUUCUUCCUUACUGGGUAGAUGAUUAGUUUUUGUGCAUAUCUUCAUGCCAUAUGUGAAUGACUAUUUCUAUGCAGCAUUGUUCCAUGGUGACUUCUUGGUUGGACUAUUGAAGGACCCCCAAAUAUGGUCUCAGGUUCUACUGUCAGUGUGCUGAGGUGCUCUGGGCAAGACACUUUACCCCAAACUGCCCUUUAUGACUGUGCCUGCAGUGUGUUAAUGGUAGGCCUGGGCGAUUUGGCAAAAAAAAUGAUCAUGAUAUAUUUUGUCAUAUCGUCCAAUCUCGAUUAUUAUCAUGAUUUUUUUUAAGCUGUCAGUUUUAAAGCAUCUGUACGAAAAACUAAAGAAACUAGAGAUUAGUUCAACAUUUUAUUAACAUACAAAGUAAAUAAAGCAUAUUGAAUAAGAUAAACUUAGAAAAGUAUUAAAAACAUUUUAACUCAAAAAUACAACAAAUGUAGAUAAAUACUAAAAAAUUCAGUGAACUAGUUUACAGUCCUGAGUGUUUUUGCAGGUAUGCAAGACCCAAAAUAAACAAAUCGCCCCUCAGGGAUAAUGAUGACACCUUGAAAUGUAAACAUUAGAUGAUUUGAAUGUAGAUGAUAUGAUUGAUUGCUUUGGUCUGGUAGCUGCACCGCUAGUUGUAGCUAAACUGCUAAUGCUGCUUUUGCCGUCAGCAGUGACAGGCUGUGCAGACUCUGCCCACAUUUUCAUGUUUACCUCAUAAAAACUUUGGAAGAACUUCUUCAAAUAAUUAAACAGAUCUGUUGUGUUGCCGAUUUUUGAGGCACUAACCGUCGACAUACCUUACACAUCGGCUUAAUUGCCCGACGUCACUUUGGAGAUACUCGAACCACCGCCACACAACCAAAGUUGAAUAACUUCUCAACAAUAAGAUCUUCGGAGGAUGACUCAAAGUCAUGGCUGUCAAAGUCAUCUACUUCGCUCCGCAUUCAGCUCCAUGUUAGGCCAUUCUGUUUACUUCUCCUGUUUACUUCUCGAGCAGGAAAAGCUCGACUCUGAUUGGCUGUUGUGACACGUAUUUCCGUUAUGUUUGAUCGAGUAAGUAUGCUCACAGCUCAUCACUGUGAUCGAACUGAAAUUUAUCACGAUCAUAUAAUCGCCCAGUCCUAGUUAAUAGUUAAAGUUAGUAUUAUUAGUGAUUACAUUAAUCCUCUGCUAUCAAUGUCUAGGGAAAGGGCUAUGUGAUAUCAGUCUAUAUACCAUUGUUAAUAUUUUGACGUGGUCUUCAUAAUGACUUUUGGUGAUGGUGUCUAGAAAUAUAAAGGUGUGAUUUUUGGACAUGAAGACCAAUUCUAAGUUGCUCCUCUAUACCAGAAAUAUGCCCUUUACAUUCUCGUUGAGAGAACAAACUUGUCGGAGUCUACAUCUAUUCCAUGGGUGAUUCAUUGAAUGAACAAUGGGACCCAAGGCACCACCUGAACAUAUAGAGAUUUUAUUCUAAAGAUUGUCAGGGUUUGUCCUGGAUAGUAAAAUAAAAAAUAUCACAAAUUAGAAUUUAAAGAUGUGGAAAACCCUACAUCUUCUUUUACAUGUCAAAGUUUCUUCUUUUUUUUGAGAGAGAGAGCUAAAUUGACUAAAGAUAACAUGUUUCUUUUCAUCAUUCUAUUGCGUUGUAAAUACUUUGUGUACUUCAAAGACUGAAGGACAAAUACAACUUGCACAUGCUCUUUGUUAGACAGCAGUAACAAAAGCCGUACUUAAAAGACUGCAGUGUCUGGCUUAAUCUUAUUGGCAAUUUUAUCUCUCCAGUCUUUGCAAAUCUAAAAGCCACAGAGACUCACAUGAAAACCAUUACAGUUUCCAACAUAGAUCAUGACAAGCAUGACUUGAGGACAGCUGUUGUCUGUCUCUUUGUGGUGAAAUAUCUGUUAUGAGCGUUGAAUGGAAAAUUUAUUGUGUCUACAUGUAAACAUGUUAGCCAGCAGAUGAUGUGAGUGUGAGUGAAGCUUAACCUGUUUCUGUAUUUGUGGUGCUGCUUGAGUAUUUUUAGGUAUGUGAAUGAAGCUGUGGUGAGGAUUUGGGGUGGUGGAUUAUUUUAGGUGUCCGUCAGAAGCUUUGAAGACAACAAAGAGUGCAAACACAAAUGUAGUAUUGGUGAAAAUCAUAACCCUAUCAGUUAUCAACUCAAUAUAAAAAAGUGUCUGAAGUGCAGCAUCCUUUGUCAAAUAGUUAUCUACCUUACAAAUUGUAAGCCCAUCCCUCGCGUGUAAACUGCCGCUGCAAAGCCAACCAGAGCACAGACCUGUUCUUGUCAGCCAAUGAGGGAGUCUGUAGGUGUUGGACAUUCAAAGGUUAAAAGAUUAUGUCCGUCUUCACUUGUACAAACAAAUUGCUGACGGAAGUUGUGUGUUGAUACCAUGAUGACUGUGUGCGUUGGCACGUGUCACACAGUGGAUAACUGCUUCAACUGGAGUUUAAAGAAAAGUAGAUUAUCAGUUAGACUGGUGUGUAGGUACACAUGGUGAUAUGAGUAAGACAUAGGGAUACACCCUUACCUGGAACAAAGGUCAUAAACAGUACAGUUGGAUAGUUGGAUUAUAUAAGUCUUUGGAUUUUCAGUCUCUCUCUCUCACACCACACACACACACACAGAACCUGUCCUCAGCCAGUGUAGUUUUUAACGUUGAUGUCAUAGUUUAAAUCUGUUUGUUUUGAACAUAUUGAUAUAACACACAGUUGUACAAACUUGUUAGCAUUGACCUUUGUUUUUAGCGAACGCUCUCGUUGAAUUCAUUGAAGGCGACUGUUUCAGCUUGGAUAAAACCAACCCAAAAAUAUUUUUCAAAAAAGUUAGAAUCUGCCCAACACAAGUAUAUUCAACAACAUGAUGUUCUGGACAGUCAUGGGAAAUAUACAUUAGGUAAAAGACUUGGUAGUGUGGAGUAUUGUUCAACAAGCUACAGAAAGGUGGAGGGAGGGCAAAGUGCUGCUGUGGCAGUUUUUCAUCCUUUCACAUUCAAGCUUGAAAGAGUAUCAAGCCAAAGUGCAGUACCUUGGUGAUUAAUAACCCUUACACUGAACUUCCUGGAAUGCCCUACCCUGUUCCUAAGUCCUAUGCCUCGUUUUGCUGUAGUGCCACUGUAGGCCCGUAAGAACCCUUUCACAUCCUACCUCACUUAGAGAGGAAUUAGGAGUGAAAGAAUAAAGUUUAGGGUCAUGACAAGACCCUAACUCGGUUUGUAGGCAAGAGGUCACAGUUGGGUACUCCCACACAAACAGUCUGUUUUAAAGUCCAUGUAUAGAGAGCCCUAGGUGUCAGGUCUCAAGAUACAGGACAAAAUGGCACCGGACAUGAAGGGAGGCUUAGUGUUGACAUGACUGUCUCUGUUUCUACUCUCAACUGUAUUUUGAUCUCAUUGGUCAGUGACAGACUUAAAAAAAAAUUGUAACCCUUUUUUCUUUUCUGCUAGAAGGCUGAUUUAACCAGAGCUGUUUAUUUUAGUGGUUUGUAUUAUGGUGGGCUCGUGGUUUUGUACUCGAGUAGGGUGGGUUAUUUGAAAGACAAACUAAAUUAGUGUCAUAAAUGUCAGCAGAAGUCUGUGCAGUGUAAAGCCACUGACCAAAUCUGACAACAGUCAACAGUACAUAGCUCUAGAUAGGUGUCAUAUGUAGAGAAGUGGCUUAUGACAUCCUCCUAACUGUUCCAACGGCUGAUAUGUUGAGUGACUUUAGCUGUUGUUACCAGGUUACACAAGGUCCUUAAACUGGCUGUAAAUUUGAGGAACUUAUUUAAAUACGACACUCGCUGUUAGGUGACACCUCUUGUAGGUUGAUACCAGGACUCUGGACAUAAUACAGUAUCAAAGGAGUAAUUGAAAAAAGUUCAUACAAUGUCUUUGCUGCAAUUUCAUUUAAAUAAUAAGUUUAGUAUUUCCUGAAUUGGAAAUCUACACUGUUGUGGACUUGAAUGUUCUGGGUUUGCUGUCCCUGUCCACUCCCCCACUAUGAUCUCCUCAUUGUCUGAUUUCCUGUUUUACUAUGUUCCCUUUCUAUUCAUCGAGCCACGUCUUCCAAAAAGACAGACUGAUGCAGCCAGAAAUACUGGUCUGUUACUUCAUCCUGCACCUCAUUGUUUGGGUAGCUGCACAUUAGAUGAACAAACCCAAUCCUCACCCAGGAGGUGUGAUGGGUUUAAAUUGUGGGACAAAUAGUAGGACAUGGAAGUUAGAAUCAUGAACAGCAAUUACACAAGCCAAAACGCAAAAUGGUUCUCUGGCUUGUUUAUUAUGACCCAAUUCUCAUGCAUAGUGUUCUUAUGAGCUUGUCAUUAGCCUAAGGGGAUUUCUAAUUUCAAGAAACAAAACUCAAAGUCCAUGUCUUGAUAUUUGUAUGUAAAGAUUCACUGAUCUGAACAUGAAUCGAUCUUUAAAUGUAAGAUCAUUCAAGUGUUCUUGAACCUAUCACCCUGGAUCUGUAAUGUCUCAUGAACUGGUUUCAGAGCAGAUCCUGUUGUUUGAGGUUUUGCUGUGUUAUUUCUGUAUACGGUGUCUUUAAACUUGUGAGACUCGGAUGUUGACCUGUUACCACGAGAGCAUAAGCUUAGGUGGCUGUCAGGUAGUAUUAGACAAGGGGAUCAAUGAUGCAAUUUUAAGUCUACACCUCGCAAAUCAAGAUAUGUAGAUUUAAUAUUAGGGGUGGAAAACUCUUCAAAAGUCUGUACAGCAGUACACUUUCUAGAAAAACAACCAUGAGCAUAGACUGCAAGACUGGCCAGUCUUCCCUGAUAAGACCCUGUAAUGGAUUCUGUAUUAUAAUGCUUACAUCAAUAAGCAGCCCUUAGCAUUGAACAUCAACCACAAUGUAGAGAAAUUUAAAGCUAUCAUAACAUCUAUAUCCUCUUUUAUUGCAACCUUACUGAGAUGCUUAGAACAGUGGUUCUCAAGUCCAGUCCUCGAGGCCCACUGUCCUGCAUGUUUUGGAUGUUUCCCUGCUCCAACACACCUGAUUCAAAUGAUUAGCUCGUUAUCAAGCCAUUCCAGAGCUUGAUAACGAGCUGAUCAUUUGAAUCAGGUGUGUUGGAGCAGGGAAACAUCCAAAACAUACUGGUUUUGAGAACCACUGGCUUAGAAUGAUGGCUUCGUGGUCAAAUCUGUGUUAAGAGAUGCCAAGCAGACAACAUUAAAUCUCGUAUGAGAAAAAUGAUUUUCAAACGCAGAAUGUACCUCUGAAUGAAGAGCAAGUGGCAGAAACAAUCGCCAAUAAUUAAGAGAAGAGAAUAAUGGCUUUGUAUUUUUUUUUCAUCAUUUGUUAACAGUAUUGCUGUUCUGUCUAUCCUGUCAUGUGCUGUUUGUUCCUACUUAGAUUAAUUAAUAUGCUUUGAUUUAUAUUUCUCAAAACAUAAAUCUAUUAAGUGCUAGGCCAUAUAAAACCAUAGAGCUAGAGAUGUCUUAGUGCUAACAAACUUUCAUAUUUCUCACUGAGCUGCCUGGCAUAGUUUUUGCAUUUGAUAAAGUAUAACAAUAAACACAGCGAUGGCACAGCAUAGUUGUUUUUCUUAGCCAGAAACUGUUUGGAUGGAUUUUAAAUUCAUGAUAUAGAAACGCAAACAUUAUAGCGCAGGUAUUGGCCAAUGCAAAUGAAUGUCAGGAUGUCAUUCAUGGGGGUGCUGAUGGCCUAGUGGUCUAACCACAGGCCAUAGUCCCUGUUGCAGCAGUCGGUGGUUCGAUUCCUGGCCACAACUGUUGUUGUGUUUCUCACUCAUUUUAACUGAAUUAAAUGAGCAUAAAACAUUCAAGAGUGUAAAAAUCCACUCAAAUCUAACACAAGGGCAAAUACAAAAUAUGUAACAAGUAGCUUGAAUCAUUAUAAAGGGAUUUAUUCUAUGUUAGUGUUGCAAUGAGACAUUUGUAAUCAAAAUUUUACUUAAUCUGAAAUUGAUGCACUUUAGAAAUAUGCCUUUUUUUUAACAUCUAUUUAGUAUUUGAACUCCAAGUGUUUUACUGUAUUAUUAGUUAUAAUGUCAUUAUUGUCAUACUCUUAUUCCUUCAUCAGACCCAUUGCUUUAAACUUUUGGUACAACUCGAACCCCAGUAAAGUUUCAAGAACUGUGGGAUAACCAGGCAGUAACUGACUAAGUUGGAAAAAUGGGGGGGAUCAGGAUCAAAUCAUUUCUGAAAUUUGGCAGCAGGUUGAUGUCUACAUGUAGUUUGACAAGCAACUGUACUCUGUACUUUCUUUGCCAAAAUGUGCACUCAAUGCUACAUGCGUCAUCAUAGUUCAGAAACAGUGUAUGGAAUUAUGUGUAUAGAGCUGUACAUGGAAAACUACAGGACAGAUGGUGUGCCUUAUUAUGUAGGGGACAGAGCAUGACAAACAUACAGACAGAUCCAUGUUAUCUGACAGGUCCUUUGUAAACCACCACUGCAUUAUUAUAAAAUCUGAGAACUGUUUUUUGAGCCAUAUCUGACUUGCAUAGUCUCAUGCCAUUUCCUCGUCAAUACAUUAUUGUCACAAAUGUAAAAUAUAAAUGCAUUCUCCCUGGCUGAAUAAUUAGACUAUAUUUUCAUUUAUACUCCACUGUAAUGAAUAAACAUGCUAGGAUGUCAUAAAAAGGAAAUUUGCACAAUAUAUGUUCACCUCCAGUUCACAAGAAAGAAAACACCGCUAUGCUUAUGAUUUGAUAUGCUAAUGAUCCAGUUUCAGUUCAUGCUUUGUUCCUGCAUAUCUUGAAAACAAAGGUUGUAAGCAGCUUUGAUGUCACCGAGAACCAAAACUCAGAAGUUAUCAGCUUACAACCCCCUCUCAGUUUGAUUAAAAUCAAGAUUCCCAUACGAGAACAGAAACACUAUACUUCUUUAUUGCAUGGACAUUGCUGUCUCACAGUAUGUUCCACCACUGCCAUGAGCCAUCUAAUUAAGAUUAUAUUGUUUUCAUUUUUUUUUAGCAUGUUACGGUAAAAAAAAAUGAGCAGGAAAAAAUAAAAACAACAAAACAAUAAUAUAGAUAGACAUAGUGAAUAAAAGACACAAUAGAUGUUACUAUUGUACGGCAAAAGUAAACAAGUGCGUCUUAAGCAGUGUCUUUAAGUGGAGAGGCUAUAUGCAGUCUGCACAGUCAAAGGUAAUGCGUUCCACAGAGUAGGAGCUGCAACUGCGAACGUUCGAUCAUCCCUUGAUUUUUAAAAAGGAUCCAGGAAGGUCUAAGACCACCUGAUUAGCUGACCUAAGGGCUCAGGUGGGCUAAUGUGACUUAAAAAAUUCAAACAGCUUUUACCAGCCCAUUCAGAGACUUAAAAAAACAAACUGAAGAGUCUUAAAAUCAAUCCCGUACCUUGUACAGUAAAGCUUGGUCUUUAAUGGUAAAUACACCUACACAUCAUCAGCAAAGCAGUGAAAAGCAACACCAUGCUCCCUUAAAAUUGACCCCACAAGUAGCAUAUAAAAGGAAAACAGUAGAGGGCCCCGAAUUGACCCUUGGGGAAUCCCACAUGUCAGAAGGGCAACUAUGGAGGAAAAGUGGCCCAUGUGCACAGAGAAUGAUUUUCCAGAGAGGUUUGAUUUGAACCAGCACAAAACAGCGCCUUUGAUGCCUAAACAGUGUUCAAGGCGUGAUAGGAAGAUUGUGUGAUUGUGUCAAAUGAGGUUAUCAGGUUAAGAAGAAUUAAAAAGACAAAGUUCCAGUGCUGUGAAGAGACUUAAAUCCAGACAGAAACAAUUCACAAACAUUGGCCUUUUUGUAAAAAAUCUUGGAGUUGGUUAAAAACGACUUUCUUUAAAACCUUUGAAAAAAAGGGGAGUUUGGAAUUUGGCCUGAAAUAAAACAAAACCAAGGGAUCCAAUUUUUUUGUUUUUCAAGAAAGGCUGCACUGUGGCAUGUUUGAAGGAGGAUGGAACAUAUCCAGAGCUGAGACACUGAUUUAUAAGAAGAAAAAUAAAAGACUGAACUGAGUUGAAAACCUCUUUAAACAAACGGGAAGCGAUGCUGUCGGAUGGACAGUUAGCAGGACUUAAGUGUUCCACUGUUUCAGCGAGUGUAGAGAGAGAAACAAGCUGAGCUUGCUGUAGGAACAGAGGGGUCCGGGGCAGACUGAGGGGGCGAGGACCUAACAGCAGAAAUCUUAUUGAUAAAGAACUGUAGAAAAUCCUCACACAGAGAAGAUGAAAGAUCAAUACAGACCGCAUCACAAGGAUUCACAAGAGGGUCAAAAUACAUUAAAAAGAACAUGCUUUUUCAGUAUGAAUUGAGUACUCACAUAGUGGAUUUACUUCCCUCAACACCAAUACAGCCACAGUUGUUGGUUUAAAAAAAGGAGUAUAAUGGGAGAUUAGUGUCAGUGUUUACAAUUCAAGUACAUUUGGGCAUAGCAGUCACGUUAGCUAGCGCUCUCUUCUCUCCAAGUUUGAUGUCUGCAGCUAAUAGUACUGCUAGUAUUUGCAUCUCAAAUAAAACCAAUCUACCUGCUUGAAAUGAUAUUUCAAAAAAUAACUAAGUUGUUUUGAGUCCAAAAAUAAAAAAGGAGCAGGUUGUAGCUUUUGCUCGUCAACGUAGUGACUGCAACUCCUAUAAAUCCCUGCUACAGCAUAGCUUUGCUAAAGGUUACUUAAAUCAACGCACAUUUUUUGUCAGACAAACUCUUCAAAGUAGAAGUCUGUGAUAAUUUUGAGUAACUACAAUGUACUGACUUAAAUUCAUCUUGGAGUGAAUGUAUCUCCACUCAAGUGUUUUACAUGGUGAUAUAAGACAGUUACCACAAAAGCCAAAAAGAGUGUAGCGUAAAUUUAAAGUCGUAUCGCCAGCUCCUGAGAGACGUUCCCCUUGACUGAUUCAUUUUGUGAGAAACUGCUAUCAUAUAUGCACACACACAGAUACGCACACACACGCACGCACAGACACACGUGAACCAAUUGCUGUCACGCCCAGGAAACCAUAAAUUAUGCCUCUCUCCUUACCGGACCAGUCACUAGGCAGAUGAACAGAAAGACAAAGCUAGCCAGGGCCCUAGCAACAGAGAACCUCUCUCUCUCUCUCUCUGUUUCUCCGUCUCUCUCUUUCUCUCUCUCUCUCUUACACACACACAUUGGAUCAUUCACUCCAUCAUAUUCACAUUUGUUCUUAGUGGUGCUCACACGUUCUAGGAGUCGCUCCCCCCCUUCUCUCACACACACACAUAGCAACGUAUCAUUAGCUGUUGAUUAAACUGAGAUCAGACGAUGAUUUGAGUCACGUUUUUCAUCUUCACCAGAAUUACCUUUUAAACAAGCAUUAGAGGACAAGCAGGUGCUACCAAGGUGCCUCAGAAAACAAUGCAGUGACGUUCAGUGCUUUGUGUAUGAGUGUUUGUGUUGGGUUGUCUACGAUAGCUGGGUAAAACAGGCCAUUCCAGUUGAACAGAGUGGAAGGUGUGGCUGCUAACUGUAGAUCUGCAAUUUGAAGAGCUUGACGUCAUUUACUUGGAUAAGUGUGAAUUUCUCUCCAACCUCUUGAAGGUAAUUCAGACUUUCUGUUGAGUCAUCUGAUGUCAGUCUUUUGUCAGCACUCUGACAAUCAGACAUGUUUGGUAUCGAGGAAUGGUUUGAGGACCACUUUAACAAACUGAGGACUCAUUUUUCUAGAUCAUGAAAAAUUCACAAUUACCUUAAGCACAAACUCUGUCAAACAAAACAACCAAUAAAACAAAUUCCACCAACCCUGUUGUGUGGCCAUUAAUAAAUGAUUCUGAUUCUGAGAACUGCUUUUUAUAAUCUAACUACUACUACUUAUUUACAGAAAGACAUACAUUACUUAGAAAGUACCUUUUUACCUCCAUGCCUGUCACUGAAGCAAAGCUAGUUAGAUUCUGGUUGUAGGGCUGUCCUGAUACGAUAUUUAUGUCGGAUAUCGGUCCGAUAUAUCGAAUAUAUAUAACAAAUAUCGGCUUAUAUCGACCUGCAUCUAAAAUCUCCGAUAUCAGCACUCCGAUACAAGCAGUCCAUUCCAGACUCCACUCCGGCAACUAUAGCUAGCAGCGCCCAGAUCCGGCAUGCAGAGCCCACGUAAUCACAACAACUGUGUGUACGUACUAAGGUACAAACAAAGUAACAAGGAGUAGGAGUGAUGUCGGCGGUGUGGCAGUAUUUUUCACUAAAGCCCGAAAAAGACAUUGCAGCUGAGUGCAAAACUUGUCAUGCAUGAGUUUGUGCCAAUAUGGGAUCAAUAUCGGUAUCGGCCAAUACUGAAGGCUACACUAUUGGGAUCGAACCGGAAGUAAAAAAGUUGUAUCAGGACUAGGGCCUGACCAAUAUGGAUUUUUUGGGGCCGAUAUUGAUUAUUAGGAAGUGAAAAAAUCUGAUUACCGAAUAACCAGACGAUUUUUUAGACUUUUUAUGAAGUUUUAAAAUUUUGUUAAUUUAAGUAAUAUAUCAACAUAUUUACUUAUUUUUUUAACAAAUGGCUGCUUUUGAGCCUUUUAAACACUUCUCAGUAACAUUAACCUCAGUAAUAUUCCACAUAUUCAUCAUGAAUGAAACUGGGACCAGAAGAGCGUUUUAAACUUAGUGGAUGUUAGUGGAUGAAGAUUGUCAUGAGGUCGCUGCACCAUCUGCAGGAUAACUCGGGGUUCUUUUUAAAUGGCGGAACAUUUUCAAAGUAAAACCGAAUCUUAUUCUCCGCAUUUUAUUUCUGGAAAUAUUUGCGACAAUCUGCGAGUUUUGGAUGAUUACCGAUUAGUGUCAAACAGGCUAAAAUUGGCUGAUUUAAUUGGCUUGCCGAUAAAUUGGUCGGGGCCGAAUCAGGACACCCCCCAUCUUGUAGUACCGUAUCUGUCUUUCGGGUGAUUUUUAGUCUUAGACCUGAAUCCCAUUUCCUACAACUGCUCUUUAGGGUUAACUGUAUCUUUAAGUAGGAGUUCUCUGAGUUCUGCUGAGUCUCACUUAUUCAGAGUUCCAUUUAUUAAAUUGGGUUUGUUGGGGUGUAUGUCAAUCAGUAAUAAAUUAGCCCCUGCCACUUGCCAAAUGCUUGAAUGCCAAAUUAAAACAUAAAAGUGGAUUAUAGACAAAAUAUUUUUGUGCUUCAGAGAGGUUGAUGAUCGUUUUUUAUUUUUUUUGGGCACAUUUGCCUUUAAUAGAAAGGACUAAAGAGAGACAGGAAAUGUGGGGAAAAAGAAGUUGUGGCUGGAAAUCCAAGGAAGCUUUGAGUUCGGUUUAUGAUUCUCUGAUGUUCACCAUUGAUUACAAGACAACAGGUCAGCCAAGGACGAAGAUACAGAUGAUGGUCAGUUCUCCUUUUGCUCAAACAAGAGCAUAAUGAAAGUGAUUUCACAUGUUUACUGUAGAUUCAGGACAACAAGGAAGCAUUGACUGCAUGAGGUCAUGUGACUGGUAUUGCACAUCCUACAAUGUGCAAUGGGAUGUUCAAACAGAAUAUCACAGCCCUACUAUAGAUGUGAAGUUUUGUUUCAUAAUAUGUUGUUGCUAGUUUUUAAUAGUGAUAUAGGUGAUAUGAGGUAAUUGUAAAAAGAUGUGUGUAUAUAUACAUGAAAACUAGUGUAUUAUCAGUACCUGACUUCCAAGUAGUUUUAUACAUGCACACUCAGCAGUGUUUCAAAUCAGCAAAACUAAAACAGACCUCCAUACGAUGGUGGCCCACAUGCUUGGCUCAAGUUCACUCAUAGCAAGUUGCAUAGCAGCAGAACGAGGGCAUGCAGGGAAGCGCUGUGCUCUUUGUCCAAACAGUGACAGCAGCAGAGCAAACAGGAGCUCUGAAUUGAUUUGAUUCACACACACACACUCACUCACACACUCACACACACACGCACAUAGAUAAACUUCAGCAUACCUAGGGCGCUAGGGUAUUCUAGUUCAAGAGGACACACAUGCAGACUUGUAUUCACAGCAAACCAAGACCCAGCAUUUCCCCUUCUUUCUUAAGUAAGGGGCUGUUAACAAAUAUACCCACCCCCCUGUGUGUGUUUAAGGGUGUGUGAACAUUGUACACUUUAGUGCUAUUAAACAAUUCCUCUUGUCCUGCACCACUGUAGAGCUGGAGCAUUCAUUGACAUUUCGACUCAUAAUCUGAUUAGUUUUGUGACUGCAGCUUUUGGUUGUAGUUUAAUUAAUUUGGCACUACCUUUUAAUGCCAAAAUAGGUUAGGCUUUCAGCAUUAAAUGUUUAAAAAUUCUGCUGCUGUGACCCCUCUCCAGUAGGUUUUUUUGAUUGAGCACUUAACAUCAAAAUCAAGUGUGAGUCACAUUUGUGUACUUCUGCUGUGCUGGAAACUAAAAUUAGACCUGAAAGAAUAGAAAAAAAUGUCCCUUUUGUAUAUCUCCAAUGAAUAUGUAUCUGGACAUUAUUAAACAGAGCAAUAGAUAAAAAGUGGAUGUAUCAGCACUAAAUCCACUUUAACUCUAACUAUAGAUCACUCUACAGUUUUUCCCUCCCUUCAGGUUAAGAGUCUGGGUGUUAUCCUCAACAGCACACUGACUGCAGCGUCAGUCCGUGUUAAAAAUCAAAAUAAGGAUUUUGAUUGAGGGUCAGCAUUUUAUUGUUUUAUCGUUUCAUAUUGUUUUAAUAAUGAUUCUAUGAUGCAGAGAUGUCAGAUAAGUCCUUGACAACCAAAACUUUUUAACAAGCCCCAAAAAUUUUAAAUGGUUUUAUAAUGUCUUUUAUGAUCUUUUAUCCAAGUCUUUAUAAUAGUAUUUUUUACAAGUAUUACAACAGAUACAGACUUAUUAUAGCACUAUUAUUGUUCAGUGAGAUAAGUUUCAGGCUGAAUGACAUUUUUCUUUUAAAAAAAUGGACUUCCUGUCAUUGUUAUGUAGCUAAUAAAAGGCUCCAUGAAUGUCGGGAUGUAGAAAAUGUGGAUGAAAUGAUGGAUUUUGAGAAUGACUGUAAAAUGAUAAAUAAUAAUAAUAUGGAAUUUUUUCAGUGGGUUUUUUAGUCCACCAGUGUACGAGUUUUCCCACAGCCUCCCGUGCUUUAUGAGUAGAUAAAAACUCAACCACGAGUCUUUACCAUUUCGGCUGCAGCAGCCUUUGUCAACCUACCUGUGUGACCUGUUUUCACCGUGGGUGGGUCUCUCCUACAUGGACAGCUAUGGCGAAGACACAAUCUGAGACGCCAAAAUCAUAAAAGAAAAUUAAGAAAUGCAGAGCAAAACCCCCGAGUAAAGAGUAGCACAAUAUCUGACAGACUUCUGUUAGUUAGAGGAGGAACUUUUCUCUGUUUGGUCAGUCUACAAUUGAUUUGACCAAAAGAAGACAUGUGAUAAACACUUACAAUCAAAAACUCAGAUCGUUUAUUAUAUAAAGCCUUUUUCCCGGUGAAUUCUAGAAAUCUAAUUUAUCAAUAAAAGUCUGCAAAAUCCAAAUUUGGGGAAAAAAAUCAAACAGAUUUAACUGAUGUAACUGAUUUUAUGGAGCCUUAUUUGCAGUUUGUUAUUUUUGUUUCCCUCGUCUGCACACAUAUGUUAUUUAAAACUGUACACACCCUCCUGUUUAACUGGCUUUCCUUAAUGGCUUAAAAGAAGCGAACCGCCAAACAGGUGUAGUAACAUUUUACAAAGGCAUUUGGCAGCUUUCUAACUGGGUCCUUUUUUAAUUCCCUUCUCAUUAGAGCAGUUGUUUCACAUGAGUACUCCAUAAGUUUUUUUUUUCUGUAGUUCCUUGUUAUGAGCUGACAUGUUCCAAGUAGUAGCUGUAGCUCAAGAAGACAUAAUUGGUAUGUAUUUCUUCGAGCUGCCGUGUAGCAACAAUAGUCGUGUGAUAAACGCUGAGGUUAUUUCUGAUCUAUGUAGGAUUUUUAAGCUCUUCAUUAUAGAUUUGGCACACAUUGUGCUUCUGUGUAAGGACAAUAGCUGUUGCCUCUCCUUGUUUUCUGGAAGCCCUUCAUCACAUUAAAGAGGAAUAUUAAUAGAAACAUAAGCAUAUGAAUUGUAGGGUAUUAAAAAGGGAAGUGAUAGGAAGGGGACAGGGAUUGAACAAGAGAAGAAAAAAAAAACAAUGAUGAAAGAGAUAACAGCAAGGAUGUACAGGGCAGUUUCAGCAAGUGACAAAUCUCCAUGGAAACACAGCCAUAACUGCCUAGAGUUGGGAAGUGUGUGUGUGUGUUUGUAUGUGUGUAUGUUUCUGUGCAUUCCUGUGUGUCUCUGUGUCCACCCACCCGCAAAUUUCAGAAAAUACAGAAUCUUUAAAUGUGUUUGUGAUAUGGAUCAGAUUAACAAUCUGUUAGGAAAAAUAUCUUCUUUAGGUGUUAUGCUGCGUUCCAGUUACCUCGGAUGUUGGAGCUAGGAAUGACGCUACACCCAAGUUGACAGCAUUUCAGUUAACAAGUCGGAAAACCAAGAUGGACGCCUACAGUUAGCCGUUGUUAGCUGUACCAGUUGUAAACGAUGGAUAACCCAGUAUUUUACUCUUACAAACACCAUAGCAUCGUGUUCACAGUUAGACGUUUGGCAGUACAACAUAAACCACUUAUUAAAUUUCACAAAAACUAAACAGAAGUGCUAAUAAAUAAAACAUUACGAGAGCUUUCACUGUUACUCUUCACUGUUGAUGCACUGCGCUGCCAUCUUGGAUUAUGACGUUGUCGUCAAGUCGGGGUUGGUGAGGAUCGUCCGACUUUACAUGUCGGAGAUCCGAUUUCAGGGGGGAGUUCCAGAUGAAUUUCCGACUGGGAGCUUGCUUUGCUUUGUUGUACCAAUUUCCUGUAAGGUACUCUAAGAUACGAAUGAAAGUAGACUAAGGUUGUGUUUCACGCAGAAUCAAACAUUAGCAAGUGUUGUUUGUUUAGUUUAAAAUCCAUCACAAAUUUAGCAUUAGCUGCUUUCAUACAUUGUGUAAGUAUUUGACUUUUAUACACGGCAUCUUUGUAACAGCACCAUACCUGGCCAAAUACUCAGUCAUGUUGCUAGAUUUUUUUGUCCUACAUCUCUGACACAUUCAAAUAGGAGUGUUCCGAUUAGCUUUUUUACCUCCAAUAUGACACCGAAAUUGUAGCUCUCAAUAUUGAUCGACACCCCUGAUGACACAUUGGGACACCCCUACAUUGAAAUCCAAACUUGUAUUUCACUCAUCACAGGGCCUUUGCUUGUCUUUCCCAGUCAGAAUCAUGCACCUCAGGAUCUGGACUUUAAUAUUAACAACAUUUUUCUGCCUUCAAGCUGCACAUGUAUAUAAGUAUUGCAGAAAUAACAGUCCGGUAACAGAACAGUAUAGUAGUAGUCCUCUGCAAACCUUGCGUUUGACCUCAAUUUUCUUGAUUUUUUUAGGAGUUUCAGUCGACAAAGUCUUAGCAGUUCUUAGUUUAUAGUAGUUGUCAAUCUGACUACAACCAAACCCAACCAUAAAUGCUUUCUUUUGUGUUUUGACAGUGAGCUAACUUUACACAUUUUUACACUGACCCCAUAUUAUGCAGAGUGAUUGCUCACACUCUCUCUCCCCUGCACGCUCACACACAUCUGGGCAGGUGAGUCAUGAAUGGGAGGAAGAAACUGUCAGUGUUAGUUGAUAAGAUCAGCAAAGCAUCUUGUGAUGUAAACUAAACAGGUCAAGCACAGGUGCACAGCAGAGAUGCAUUUUCUUGAUACCCCAGUUUGAGGAAAUACCACUGCCUGUUAAACAACACUUUCUCAGCUACUGUGUGACUGUGCUGAGCUAACCCACCUCAAGGGUGACUUUCUAAACUGUACUGUGUUCAGUUCUAUCCAGUCAUGUUUGAGUGGCUUCCUCUAAGAACUUGGAUAAGUAAAGGUCAGUGAUAAUGAAGCUUUAGUCAAAACUAAACCAGUACUGCUGCAGAUUUAAUGAGUGCACCAUCUGUGAUUUGGUCAUGUGCACAUGUUUGUCUUUUCAGUGUGGCGGUAAAUUUCUCUCAGCAAUUACAGCAAUAUAAAUCUUAUAGCAAUUAUAUAAGCAAUUUAAAAAAAUCCAUGACGCAUUGGUACUUCUUCAUGAUUUGAAUCUUCAAGUCUAUUUUCUGCUUUCAGAAAUUCAAUCAAUAACCUUCACUUUCACUGUCUUACAAAGCUGCCUAGAGGAACCCAUGGUUGUUGAUGGUUUGCACAAGCUUUGUGGAGUCUGAAUAUUAAAGAAACUCUGAAUUUGGCACCAGCUGGUCUAUCCUAAUAACAUUUGUUGACACACGCUCCAGGCCUAACAAGGUCUGAGCUUGUAAAAGAAUCUGAUACCUAGAAACUCUCAGGGUGGACAAAUUUCUUCAAAUGCAAAAAUGAUGUUUUUUUUAUUUUUCUAUUGUUUGAUUUGUAAACGUGACUUUUAUAAUAUAUAAAUAUGCUGUUUUUAAUGCAACUUUUGCAUACAGCAGUAUAUCUGUACCUGGGCAUUGUUGUCAAGAGUUUUCAUGGCUUGACACAGAGUAAUAAAUUGGUGCCAAAUUUACUUCUGCUUACAACUCAGAUUUGUCUUUUUAGUGCACUCAAGUUUUGCACUCUCUUGUUAAAUGUCACCACUAUAUUACUGAGGUGUUGAGAAAAUCAUAAUUGCUCACAUUCAGCAAUGUUUUGUUCAAUUUACUCUCACCGCUUCGCCCAAGAGGGGUCCCUCUUUUUGGUUCUUAAGUCAUUUGUUAAGAUUCAACACUUAACUGCGCUAUAGCCUUUUCAGACAUGGAUAAAGUUCCUGAAAUUGCUCAGGUGAGCUGCUUGUGUAGACGCAAAUAGCAAAUUUUUUCAUCCUGGCAAUCACCUGCUAUAUUUCCUGUAGUAUCCUUUUUGGGGUAAAGUCCAGGGGAGCUAAUGUGAGAACACAGCGGCACAUCCUCCAGAUAAUUCCCUGCUAUUGACAGCAGGGUGAGUUAGGGCAGGUGAUAUUGAUGUUUAUUACGUGGCUGGUGUUCUAUCUAGUUUUGUAGCUUGAGUAGAAGUUGCUGCUUUAGCGGGAUUCUGUAACAGAGGCAGUUUGCGCUGUGUUUCAGGUCAUAAACAGCGAUAACUUUACUGUAAGGAUAAGGCAGUAUGUUUUGGUCCACUAGUACCCCCUAAAAAUGCUCCUAGUGCAGACUCACUUUGUAUUGUACCGCUGCUCUUUCCCUUUGAAUUGUCUGAGUAGAAGGAGCCUGCUUUGAUAUUCUUUUCCAUAAUUAGUCAUUUUGCUUUCUACAAAAGCUUACCAUGAUAGGCAGUUGUUUCGUAUCAAAUAAUAUUCUCUCCUUUCGGUUUGUCCUGUCUGGCUUAUGUGACAUUUUACUGCCUGACUGUUCUUGUGGUUUAUCAGAGGUAUAAACUGGUGGGCUGUGAAGGAAAGACGACAAAGUAAAUGAAAACUUACGGAAAAGUAAAGUCAAAGGAUCAGUGGUUUUAAUCUCGGAAAGGAUUGUAAAACAUUACACCCUGAUCUUCGCAGCAUCCAUUUGAUGUCAGGUUCAGUCUCCUGAGAUCCACUGUACGUGCCCCCUACCCUCACCCUGUAAUUGACAGGGGAGACCUCAUGUUGUGAGGGUGCAUUGACUGACAGUGAAGCAGGUACAGGUCAGGGCUCCUGAAAUCUCUGAGUGCAUGCCUGAAAACAGCUUACGUCAGCCUUUGUGGAUGUCCCAUUACAUUUCUUUUAGUGUCCACUAAAUUAGUCAUUGUUUGCCAAUCUGCGCCUGUUUACAGCUGAGCUGCAUGUUAAUAUUCACGAUUCAAAAACAGCAUGAGAGUGUAAUGUGAGAGCUAAACGACGUCACUUAUUGUCUUCCAACAUAUCUAUAACUAUAGAUGGAGAGAGGGGGCUGAUAUGUUUUUUCCUGGCGUGGUUAGUGGGGGGUUGCUUGGCCUGCAGCUGCCGAAAAAUGAAGGAAGUAUCAGAAGACAAAAAUAGUCAGACAUGAAAGGGGAUAGGAGAGAAGGAGGGAGCCAAGAGCUGAGGAGUGCAGAAGAAGGGAAAGAACGAAGAACUCCAAAAUUUAGUCUCUGUCCACUGGCGGUCACGUAAAUACAGGUACACCCAGGUUGUGUGGUAUACAAACAUGUGUUGCUGGUUAAGUUUUACCAGCCCUCUAUAAAACAGGAGAAAUGUCAGAGAUCUACUUUCUCAUCUUGACAGUUUUCAUAUUUAAACUGGUACAUAAAAGACUUUGAAAGAAAAGGCAAAGGGAAAAAUUUAAAUGAAUAUAUCUAUGGCAAUCUCAGAGAUAGGACUGGAUAAAAUUAAGUAAAUUAUAUGUUGGCCUACAUCUAAAACCUCUGGUAUCAGCACUCCGAUACAUUGCAGUCCAUGGCAGUAUUUUUGUUGAAGUCCGAAAAAGACGUUGCAACCGAGUGCAAAACUUGUCAUGCACAAGUUCGUGCCAAUAGCGGAUCAAUAUCGAUAUCGGCCAAUACUGAAGGCUACAAUAUUGGUAUCGUAUUGGAAGUAAAAAAGUUGUAUAGGGACAUCCCUACUUUGCACUCAAGGAUACCCGCACAAAACAAAAAAUGUCCUAACCUGUCCUCAGAGUUAAAAGUAAUUACCUGUUGCUUUUACUUCCACUUCCUCAGCUUGCGGUAGGGCUCAAUUUGGCCACUUAGCUAAAUGCAGGUCUGAACUGUCAACAUGAGGAUGUGGUAGCAAGGGUUAGUUAUGAUGCAGUGAAACAAACACAAUGAAGUAGUUCUAGUAAUCCCUUUUUCAGAUUGCCCUAAAACGGUCAUGUGGGAGGAAAAGAUUGAUAAAAAUGUGGCUUGUGGGUUAAUUUUUUUGACAUGAACGGAGCCUCUGAUUUGUUGAAGCUAUUGAGAGAUACUGAAAUGUCAGAGGGAGGGAUGAGCGUUGAUUUUUGCAGUACAUCCUUACACCACACCAGCAGAGGGAAUUUCACUGGACUGUUUGUGUGUGUGAUUUAUGCUGCUGCAUACACCCGUGUGCAUGUCUUUGUAGCCCUCACCAGUGUAUAUUCUUGUAUCAGUGCAUGGCUGUUUGUGUUGCAGCCUGUGUGUGUGUGUGCGCUCGUGUGUGUGAGUGUGUGUGUGUGUGUGUGUGUUUGCGUCUCGUCGCCCUGGAGCCAGUCGUCCUCUCCUCUGACCCUGAUCCCUGUCACCUGUCCACUUGGAUCACACGCUCUCACACACACUCACACAAUUGCUGUGACCCUUUCCUGGAGUUGAAACCCAAUCGUUGCCAAUCAUGCAAACCUGCCAGCACAGUAAUGUUUUGUUUUCGAGUUGUAGGUGUGUAUGACUUGAAAGACCUACUAUCUAGGUUACGAUGAAGUGCAGCAAUGAUACUAUGAAUAACUAUACAGAUGAGGUAUUACUGCAUUAAUACACCAUUUAAAGCAGCUCAUUUACACUUGUGCACACUUCUCUCUUUUUUGUUGUGAGUAAUUGGUCACUUUUUAAAAACACACCUACUUCCUCUUGCUCUCCUCCUUCUGCCCGAUAGUUCAUAACGCUGUUGCACAUGUUGUAAAUACUGCAGUUCAUGUUUGACUGAGGCGGCUACUCACACCUGACAUAGCCCAGGUUCGAUUCCACCCUGUGGCCCCUUUCCUUUAAUAGCAUUCCCCCUAUUUCCUGCUCUAUCCACUGUCCUUAAUUUGUAAAUGAAGGCCAAAAGAGCCCCAAAUGUCUGGUUAAAACUGCGGCCAAACCGUUACGAUGUAUUUGAUCAUUCUUGUAACGCAAGUAUGGUUCUUCCAGUUCCCUUGGAAGUCGAAUGUCGGAACUGGGAAUAACUUUACCCCUGAGUUAAAGGCAUUCCAGUAAACAAGUCGGAAAACCAAGAUGGACGCCUACUGUUAGCCAUUGUUAGCUGUUGUUAACGCUUGUCAGCUGUCUUUAGCCAUUGUCAGCUGUUGUUAGCUGUUGUCAGCGGUUGUUUGUUGUUGUUAGCUAUACUAGUUGUAAACAACGCAUAACACGGUACUUUACUCGUACAAACACCACAGCACCGUGUUCGGAGUUAGACAUUGGGCAGUACAACCAGUGCUGUUUUCGUUGAAGAUGACGUUGACGAAAUAUUUUCAUCGUCAACGAAAACAGCAUUGCAGAAUUUAUGUUUAGCAUUUGACUGACGAAAAGGCUCAUUUUUGCAAAUUUUGCAACUCUGUUCGUCGUCCACCACGAACGUUUUUGUCUAGUCUUGUCUCAUCAACGUAAACGCACAUGCUCACCAGUUUGCUUCAUGAACUCAGUAUUGGAUUGAAGUUGAUAUUCAAAAACCAGGAUUGUCUCUCUUUACUGGUUAGCAUCAGUUGUUCCAAAAGCCACAAAAAUGCGUCUUUCUAGCCGCAUCAAGAACUCUCAACUCUGACUAUGAGACAUUUGAAACCGUAAAUACUGGGAGGAAAAAUAUUUUGAAGUGACUUAAAACUUUUGGGGAUUUAAUCUUAAAGUUUCUCAGGACAGAACUUGUAAGAAGAUUGUUUUUGUGCGGCUUCUUAAGUUUUUCCAAUUCUACAUUUAGUGUCUAAAAAAGCCAGAGUCAUGGUGAUCAAUGUUGGUAAUCUGUUCCAGGUCAUGUAUUCUAGUCUUACCACUAGCUCAUACUAGAUAAACCAGUAUGAUCUGAAACUGUGUACUGAAUACAGCAGACUCUGACACGUCUUGAUUGAAAAGUGUCUUUAUAUCAAGCUGUUAUGUAUUUCUCAUUUGAUCUUGUGCAUUUAAGCAGUUUGGGCAUACAUUUAGUCAUAUGGAAGAGUUCACUGUAAAGAUGUGUCUUGAAGACUUACAGACUAUUCAGUUUUUGAUGUAAUUGUUUCAUUGUAUCUAAGUUCUUGGAUGGUAGAAAUGGGUCAGUCAGUCACUCUUCAUCUAAAACGAAAGGAAAAUUAAAAGCUCUUAUGUUCUGUGUGUUUUUCUCAGGGUCAGGUUUACUGUCAAUCUCUAUUACCAUUCGCCUACAAUACCCAGCCCUCCUAUAGUUACCUAUUUCCUCCUCUCUUCUCAGGAGUCCAAGUCAUCGCGCUCCAGCAUGCCGCGAUGUCGGAACUCUGUUGCUACAACCACGUCAGAUGACCAACCACACAUUGGUAACUAUCGCUUGCUAAAAACCAUUGGCAAAGGCAACUUUGCCAAGGUCAAACUGGCGCGGCACGUCCUUACUGGAAAAGAGGUAAGCAUGCAUGCACACAUAUCAGAUUGGUCUCAAAGCUUUUAGUCUGUCUUCCUGGUUCAUUUUACAGGGUCAGUCUUAAGCCUUGUCCUAAAAGCUGACUGUUAAAACUGAUAGAAAUAUAAAAUACUUGACCAUUUUGUUCACUAAUUAUCAGGCUUUGGAUGCUUUGUUUGAUGAUUUCUGUGAUAUUUCUUCUACCAUUUCUGUUAUAUGACCCAGAAUAUGUUACCAAAUUUUAAAUUGUGUGUUUGCUUGUCUGUUACUUUGUUGGAACGUGCUGCUGUUUUGUUCAGGACUGGUUUGAGAGGGGACUCUAUACUAGGGCUGGGCGACAUGUCCUCAAAUCAUUAUCACAUUAUAUUGAGCCAGUGGUUCUCAAGUCCAGUCCUCGAGGCCCACUGUCCUGCAUGUUUUGGAUGUUUCCCUGCUCCAACACACCUGAUUCAAAUGAUCAGCUCGUUAUCAAGCUCUGGAAUGGCUUCAUAACGAGCUGAUCAUUUGAAUCAGGUGUGAGGACUGGACUCGAGAACCACUGUAUUGAGCAGAUCACCUUGAUAACGAUAAAUGGAGGAGAACUACUCCACAAGCUGCUCACCCCCUCCCAAAUUAACUUCGUCUACUUCAGCCGCCACUUCAGUCGCCACAACUUUUGAACUGUCCUCCAUCUCCUCACCUGUCUUUCCCUCUUUAUUUAUUAUUUAUUUAUUAUUUUGACACCGAAUAUACUGACAUGGUCAAAAUGAUGUCAAUUAUUAUUGUAAAUUUCUGUAUCUGUAAAUUUUCAGUUUAUCGCCCAGCCCUACUCUAUACCUACUUUUUUCUGAUACUGCUCUAAUAGCUCAAAUUUCUUGCGGUGGUUCAUUAAAACAUAAUUAUUUCAGCAUUCGUUUUCAGCUGUUGUCUCUUCAUGGUCAGAAAUAAUUAGACAGGACUCUUAAGGUGUUUCAGUUCAUCAAGAUGGCAGAAACUAGAACUGAUGUUGUUGUUAAUGUGGGGCUAACGUCUUUGGAUUAAUCCUGGUUGAUGAGAAGAGGGGAGGGUUCACGCUGAGACACACAGUAGGUCUGGUCUGAUCCCGGGCUUCCAUGGCUUUGGAGAUGGUACAUCUGCUGCAGGAGAUUAGAAUCACCGUUGUCAGCUUGAACGGAGAGCCUAAAUGGCCCCGGCUUACUGCGAAUUCCAGAUGUGACGUAACGCGGUGGUCUGGCCCUUCGAGGCAAAAAGCUGCAUUUGCAGGGAGCUCAUGCUGAGCUCUGUCUGAGGGACCAGUCAAGUCAACUCUCGGUCUGUGUAUGAGAGAGAGAGAGAGAGAGCCGGAGAGAGGGGUGGGCGGGUUCUGUCAAUGUGUGACAGCUCUGUGCCUGACACCCUGAUAACACUCCAUGUGACUCGCUUGCACACACACACAGACACUCACACACACACAUACAGCACACACAGAAAACAAGGGAGAGUCAGAGGGCAUGAAAGAGUCAGUCAGACAAGCACAACCAGAAAGAGGAGUGGAAGAAAAGAGUUAGUUGACAGUGGAAGAAAUAGAGGGUAGAGAAAUGUAGUCCUUCCUUUCCCUUUCCACGUGAACAGUUCAUUCUUUGUUUCCCUUGUCUCUCUCUCUAUGUAAAUCAAUUUUUUCUUUAUUUGUCACUUGAAUUCCCUCAGACUGUCUGAUUUUUUUUUUUUUUGUCUUAUUUUUCUGUCUCUUUCUGUUUCUGUUUUUGUGCCCCUCUGAUUCUCCUUUGCCUGGUGUCCACUGUCAGAUCUUGAACCUUAGACCUCAUUAUGCAAAGGGAACAGUUCCAGGUUUUAAGUUUGUCUAUGCCCUUGUAUUUAUAGUACCCUGUUAUGCAACUGUCUCGUGCUGCAGUUAUGUGUUUUUAUCACUUGAUGCAGAGAGAUUUGGUCGCUCACUUUGAGUGUGUGACGUCUUAAAAAAAAGGCAGUCCAGUGUGUGCAUUCAAGUCUUUGUUGAAACUGGACUUGUUCCUCUUCUCUUCCAAAAGGCUUCUUCAGUUCUAUCAUGACUGAGACCAAAGUUGGACAUUUAUAGCCUCACCUGACAGUUGUAAGCAGGGUCCUUGACCUGGUUUCACCUGGGGAGGUGCCCUCACAGGUUUCUUUAGGUUUGCCAUGAUGGGGGGGUGCUGCAGGAGUCUGUGAUCCAGCACGAUGCGUUGUUUCGAUUGCUGUCAAAAAGAAUCCAAAGCUGAAUUGUCAGUGAGGAAAAGAAGGGCCGUAGUCCACCGCUUCUGUUUAAGGAUAGUUUCUCCAGUUUGACAAAGAUGGCCUCCUUGACACCUCCUUCAAACCAGCAGUCCUCCCUGACCAGAAUCUCAAUACUUUAUCGAUACUGGCCAGAACCUACCUGAAUGAGACAGCAGUGUGUGUUUGUGUGUUUGUGUGUUUGUGUGUGCGUGUGUGUUCUGAGGUGAGGUCACAGCCUGUGUGUGCAAAUUGCAUCAAAACCUCUGCAGGAAGUGAGUUUCAGGAAAAGAUGUGUGAUAUAUAAAAAUAGACAAAUAAGAUCACCAUGUUAAUGUUUUGAUUUCAGGUGGCUGUAAAGAUCAUUGAUAAGACACAGCUCAAUUCCUCCAGUUUGCAGAAGGUGAGUAUCGUGCUCUUUCUCUCUGUCUCUAUGAUUCUCAUUUCUUUCUUUUUUUCUUUUUCUUUUUUUUUUCUUUCUUUCUGUCUGUCCCUUUUCUUUCUUUCUUUCUGUCCGUCUAUUUUUCUUUUUUUCUGUCUCUUUUUCUGUCCUGUUUCUUUCUAUUUUUCUAUUUUUCUCUUUUUCUUUCUUUUCCUUUCUUUCUUUUUCUUUCUUUCUUUCUUUUUUCCUUCUUUCUGUCCUUUUUCUUUCCUUUUUUCUUUCUUUUUCUUUCUGUCUAUUUCCUUUCUUUUUUCUUUCUGUCUUUCUGUCUAUUUUUCUUUCUUUUUUCCUUUUUCUUUUUUCUUCUUUCUUCUUUUUCUUUCUUUCUUUCUUUUUUCUCUCUGUCUGUUUUUCUUUCUUUUUACUUUUUUCUUUCUUUCUAUUUUUCUUCUUUUUUUCCUUUUUCUUUCUUUCUCUGUCUGUCUAUCUCUCUCCCUCUCCUUUCUUUCUCUCUCUGCCUCUUUUUCUUAUAUCACAUCACGUUAUUCUCUUCCUCUCAGUAUUUCUCCAUCUAUCUCACUUUUUCUCUCUUCCUCUCUCUCUCUCUUCCUCUCUCUCCCUCUCUCUCUCUCUCUCUCUCUCUCUCUCUGUCUUGCUGUCUUUCUGAAGUGGUCUAGUUUUCAGAGAGAGUUUUAAUUACAGGAAACAAGCUGCAAUUACUUCUUUUGAUCGUGGCAGGGUGGGGUCUGUCCACUCACACGCACUCUCUUACCAUGUAUUCUUGCUCACAUGACACAAAUGCUUCAAACUGCAGACAUCACACAUAAAAUAGACACUGUUAAGGCACUCAUAAUUGCCAAUUCAUGUACACAAGGAUGUAAAAGGUCUCAAACUGUGUACUCUGACCAAAACUGACAAUUUGACAGUCUCCUUUUUUAUUGAUCAUCUUUGGUGUCAUUUUAUAUUUAAUCCGAAGCGUGUUUAGACCUCAUUAAAUUUAGGCCCUCUUAAUGAAGUAUGUCUUCUAAAUUAUUGGCCUUGAAAAAUGUUUAGUUCCAGCAAGACAAUUGUGACCACAUCUACCAAUUUCUCACAUCGGACAUCACUCCUCAACACAUUCACCACAGAGACGAGCUGAAUUUGGUUGAGCUGAUAUGAGCGUAGUAAAAUCUGCACAUUAUAUGCUCUACUGUUUAUAUCAGAGUGAACAAGCAGCAAAAAACAAUGUCUGUCCACAUUUCCAGACCGUGAGAUUUACCAGGCACUCAUUUGCUCGAGUCCUUGCCAGUAUGUCACCACCCUCCAUGUUUUUUAGUUUUUCAACCAGUAAUUCAACCCCGAUUUUUUACAGCGGUAGGCUAUUUGUAUUUUUAGUGUUACUGAUGUCAUACUGACAACAACCUAAAUCCUGUCUUGCAGCUCUUCCGGGAGGUGAGAAUCAUGAAGAUGUUGAACCACCCCAACAUUGGUGAGUCACACAGGAACGUGAAAUUGGACCCUUUCUUCACUGACUGCGAACCAGAAUAAUCUGUAUCUUCUGGUCAUGUUUUAAAGCUGCUCCGUAACUUUCUUUUUUUUUCUCAGUGGUUUUGCUUUCUCUCCAACUCCUUUUUGCCCCUCAACUCUCCAUUUUUUUCAUACCCCUCAAAUAUACUCACUAUCUUUUCCUCUCUUCCUUUACCUCCAGUCAAGCUUUUUGAGGUGAUAGAGACAGAGAAGACUUUGUACCUGGUAAUGGAGUAUGCGAGUGGAGGUAAGUGCGUCUCACAGUGACAUCUUCCCCCCCCGAGGCUUGGUGCUCACAAAUCAGAGUCAGAAAGUCCUCAAAUAAAAAAGCUUUCUUCUGUUUUUUAGGUGGUUUUUUUUAUUUUUCAUUUUCUUUCCAUUUUCUUUUUAAGUCUCUCUGAAAAUUUAAACAUAAAGAGAUGCAAACAGAACAUGUUACCCGCCAAACAACGGCAAACUCUCCCCUUCCUUUUGCUGUCACCAGAGUAGUCAGACAAAUUUCACUUGAUUACAAUAUUCUGAGGUGUAGGGCAUGAAAAAUAUCAGCCAGAUCCUGUUCGCUUUGGGUUAGCUGUUUUUCAAAGUUAAGCUUUGGAUAUCUGAAAAGUAUUUUAAUCUUCUAACUACAUUUUGUUUUUGUUUUUUUGUCGGUCUCUUCAGCGAAUACCUCAGCUUUGAAGAAACAGUGUCAGGUCCCAACUCUGAAUCUGUCCUCCUCCUCUUUUUCUGUUCUUCCAGGAGAGGUCUUUGACUACUUGGUGGCCCAUGGAAGGAUGAAGGAGAAAGAAGCCCGUGCCAAAUUCAGACAGGUGUGUUUGUGCGUGCGUGUGUGUUGGAUAAAAGAUGCCAAACAAAUAGUAAGAGUUUAUGUUCUCUGUGCAGUAGGCAUGUGCCGAUAUGAAAAAUCACAGUAUUGGUGGCCCAAAAUAUCACGAUUCACGAUAUUAUCACGAUAUCAGCGCAUUGCUUUUAACGUUAUUAAUGAUGCUGGAUGGUGUUCGCGGAGGUGGGCACGUAGGUUUGAAGUGUUAGAAAACGGCGCUGCAACUUCCUUGCGGCAUAACCUGCGGAUUGGUGUCAGGUUUACCUGCUCCGUCUGUUUCGUGAAGCCGUAAAACGUCCAUACUGCCGACGAAACCUUUUUAAUAGGAGGAGGUGUUUCGUCAUUCUCAGUCUGACUGUUCUGCUGCAUCGUUACGUUGGUUGGAAAUUGGAACGUGUGCAUCAACUUUUUUUUUUCUUCUUCAAACUUUUUCCGGUUCACAGAGUGGACAUGCUCCAACGGUGCUUUGGGUGGCCGCAAUGCAUUGUGGGUGGCUACGCAUUUUGUUGUAAAAUUUCUUCAUUUCUCUUUUAAUGUUCCCGGUUUUGUUAGGCUGGCAUUAAUGUACUUAAUUCAAGAGUUUGUUUUGAAAUUGGGACGACUGUUGUGGUGGUUUGUUUGUACAUUUUGCUACAGAGGCUUUGACACCGUGGGUAAGACUACAAGUGGGUUAGGGGGGUAAGUACUCGGCUUUGCUUGCCUUGCUGAAUGACGCUGCCACUCGUCCUCAAAUUAUAAUUGUGGGACGAUUAUUACAGUACCCUACGAUUUCAUCAUCGCGGCUGUUUCAUAUCGCACAUAGCGAUUAAAUCGUGUAUUGGCACAUCCCUACUGUGCAGUCUUUUUUUGUUUUUUGGUCUGUUGUACGACGACAAACAGUUUGGGAGCAGAAGCAGCUGUUUUGAGGAAUAGGCUUGCUAAUUUUUUGAUUUUAGCCUAUAAAACAAAGGCAGAAAUUUUCAGGCUGUAUGUCAAAAUUUACUGGCAUACAUCACUCAAAUUAAAUCUUACUUGAAAAAAACUCAUUGACAUUGUUUUCAUUGUUAUCAGUGAUUUAUAAAAGGUCACUUAAAUGUGAACCACAGUUCAUUUUUCCCUCUGAAAUCCAGUCAAAGAGAUUACAGCGUCUUGAAUAAUCAUUUCAAUCCACACCUCUUGUUUUCUGCUCUCUGUCUUUCUUGUCGCUCUCCUUUUUCUCUCGCACCUGCUCUGUCACUCUCCAGAUUGUGUCAGCGGUGCAGUAUUGCCAUCAGAAGUGUAUAGUACACAGAGACCUCAAGGUGAGAAUACACAAGCAAGCGCACAUUCUCUGUCCCUCUGCCUACCCACUACUUCCUGUCUCUAUCCAUAUUAAUCUACGCAGGAUUUGACUUUUUCAGAUGAAAUCCCACAGUCAGCAGCAGGGGAUCCCGAGGUUAAUCACCAAGUCAUAUCCCACUUGAAGCACAAGGGCUUAAACACACAUAUAUUGUACACUGUUACUGUCUUUUACUAUGGUGCUGACUGCGUCCCUUACUCUUCCUAGUCUCUUUUUUCUUGAUUAACACGAGAUGUUUUCUGAAUCCCGACACAGGAUACUCACACACGGGUCAAAUGGUUGGAGGUCACUUUAGUUCACAGUAUUGUACAGAGUUGUAAAUCCUCUUUUUGUGCCAGCAGGCAGAUCUGUUGAUAAGACAUUAUCAUGAUUACCAUAAAGGCUUGUUUCAUUAUUAGUUUGGGCUUUUUGUCUAACAUUUAGAUGCUCGAACUAAGGUUAAAAAAAAAAAAGAAAAACAUUUUCCAUAAUGCAACAUUUUACGAUGUUCAGCAUUUACAAAAAUGGCUGCAUAAUAAACGGGACGUUCUUUGGCACAGACAGUUCUCAUUAGAUAAUGUGCACCAUCCUGGACAUUAUCCAAAUCACUCUGGACUAUAACAUCAAAUCCAGCACACCUUAACACACAGCAGAAGUACAUUUUGAUUAUCAUGCAGUUUUAAAGCAGGCUCAGGCUGAAAACCCAAUAUAACCUCACGGCCUACAUUCGGUUCUAAUUCGGCUCUGAAAAGGUUAAUUUUCAGUUUGUAUUCGAUUCGAGUAAGAUAUAAGAGGCUGGAGUUCAUUAUUUCUUAGAUCAGAGCUUCAAGAUGAAGUCACUGUUUUAACUAAUGUGCACACACCGUUUCCUGCCACCUCUAACACACACACACACAGAAGUGGUAGAGUAUUCAGUACAAGUGAAAAGGAGAGUGCACCUGUUGCUAGGCAACCCCAGCCUCCUCACACACUGGCUCACUUGCAGCUCGAGGUACAAACACACACAGAAAUAAACUGUGCGGCUCACUUUGUCCAUUGUGUGCUACUUGUAGGCCCCAAGCCAUUCCCCCGAAAACCCCCUUUUCUCCCCCAGAAGGGUUUUUGUUGCGGAGAAUGGAUUGUCAGACAACUUCAUUGAAUUUUAUCAUCUUAUAACUUUAUUUUAUGUCCUUUUUUUUUUUUAAUUUGUUGCACUGAUACCAACAGUGUAUCAGUUCAACUGUGUUUGCAAAUAUAUACAGCAGGCUGUAAAUGCCAUGUAGCACAGAUCUUUACAUGAGUAGAGGAAGUAGAAAAGAGAAGCAUGAUAUGUAAAAAAAACAAACGAACAAAAAAAGCAGUAUAUGUCAUUGGUCUCAUUUCUGUUUGUUUGUUUUUUGACACAAUCAGUAAGUGAGAAAAAAAUCAGCAUAUUUAUAUUUUCCUUUUCCUUUCUUCUUUAUCUUCUCGCUCUCUUUUGUAAUAAUUAUUGUUUCCUUUUAUCUCUCCACCACGUUUUGUCUCUGCAGGCAGAAAACCUCCUGCUAGAUGCGGACAUGAACAUCAAGAUCGCAGACUUUGGCUUCAGUAAUGAGUUCACUCUAGGUAACAAGCUGGACACGUUCUGCGGCUCCCCUCCCUACGCUGCCCCGGAGCUCUUCCAGGGCAAGAAGUACGACGGGCCCGAGGUAGAUGUGUGGAGCCUGGGAGUGAUCCUUUACACACUGGUCAGCGGCUCACUGCCUUUUGAUGGACAGAACCUCAAGGUAAAGAUCAGAGAAAGUGUGUUUGUGUGUGUGCGUUUGAGUGUGUGCUCCAUUGUAUGUUUAUUAUGUAAGCAGGCUCAUGUAUUUCGUGGGUGGCUGUUGUAUUUGUCAUGGUAGAUUCUGUUCUUUCUGCCCAACAAAACACACAAACUCAACUCGAGGGAUUAAAUGUGUUAAAGUUAACACUUGAACCUAAAUAAGGUGGUGUGAUGCAUCAAGCAGACACUUUAUUACAGAAGCAUAUUGCAUUUAUACAAAAAAAACAGCUUUGAUUUUUUAGAGAAUUUUUUUCUUUUCUGUUUUUCUGGUUAAUUUUUUUUCUCUGUUUUUCAAAAUAUUUUCCUCCUGUUUUCAGACUAAUUUUUCUGUUUUUCUGACUAAUUUUUUUCCUUUACAAUUUUUUUUGUGAAUAUUUUUCCCCCUGUUUUCAAACCAAUUUUUCUGACUUUUUUUUUGUUGUUUUAUUUUUCAGACUAAUUGUUUUUUUCUGUUCUCUGGGAUCAUGUUUAUUUAAAAACAGAUGCUUUCAUCCCCCUCUGCUCCAUUUAUUGGAAGCAAACCUGGCCCACUUGUUUAAUUUAAGUUUUACUUUCUUUUGGGUUUGAGACACUGGGAGAUACUCCUUUCUUCAGGAGAAGAAAUAUAGAUGGAAUCAUCAUAAGUUUGUUAACUUUGCACAGGCACCCUAGGAUUUGCAUACUCUAUGUUUAACUAAUAACACACGUUGCUCUCAUUGAACAUGUAGUUGAAGUUAUUAAAGAGCUGGAAAAUCUGCUGAUUUGGAGCAGCCGCGGUGGUUAACGUUAUCUGAUUGCGUGAGAUUCUCGCUGGGAUUUUGAAGUAUCUUGUUUAGUCAGGAGAAAAAUAGUCCAAAAAAACAGAAUAAAAAUUUGAGGGGGAAAGAGAAAGAGGGGAAAAAACAUUAGUUCAAUAAAACAGAAGAAAAAAAUAGGCUAAAAAAUUUUAAAAAAUGAAUAAAAAAAAAAAAAUUGUCUGAAAAACAGAGAGAGGGGGACAAAAAUGUUAGUACAAAAAAAACAGAACAAAAGAAAUAGUCAGGAAAAAAGCAAAAAACUGUUUCCUUCUUUUUUAUUUAUUUAUUUAUUUUUUAUUUGUAAGUGAAUGCUUCUGUAUUAUACCUUACUAUGUUGUUUUCUGGAAAUCUUUCUUUGAUGUUUAGUCACAAACAAUUGUCUUUCCGACCUGACAAACUGUGCAUCUAGUCAGGACCCACAUGACUCAUUCUGACACAUUUUUUAGUGAGCAUAUUUGAAAUUCAAUGCUAGGGUAUCGAUAUUGAGAUUUACAAACCUGCAAACUGCCAAGUAGGCUAAUCCUCCAUGCCUUUGCAGCACAGUUAGGCUUGUGAACGGUGAAAAUGAGUGAGUUGAACCAACACAUCAUUCGUGGUUUUAAUCACCAACUUUGUCCUUUUUGCAGGAACUGAGAGAACGCGUGCUGCGUGGUAAAUACAGGAUUCCCUUCUACAUGUCCACAGACUGUGAGAACCUGCUCAAAAAAUUCCUCAUCCUGAACCCCUCCAAAAGAGGCAGCCUCGAGGUCAGUUACACUUCAUUCACACUUCAGUGCUCACGAAUUUGACUUUCAAACUGAACCACAGUUUAAACGGUUUUAUCGACUCGAUCAAAGAUGUAGGAUAACAUUUCAGAGAAGACUAGAUCAGUGCUUGUCCACUGCCUUACAUAAUGGUAACUGCUUUUUUGCACUUGCUUAACUGGCUGUAUUUGAAUGUGUGGCUAAAGUGUGAAUUGCUUUUUAAAGACACAGUCAAGACUUGUUAGUUGAGGACUUAGGAGUUACUAAAUGAGGUAUAUUACACGAGUGUUUGUUGAUUUGAAGCUCAAGUUUUGACUGGAGGGAAAGUGGAAAAAAAGUUCAGAGUUGGUUGCCUUUUGAGGGGAACAGAUUCUCAUUAAUGUUUUUGAUUAAAAAAAACAUUCUCUAGUUCAAACUUUGGCUCUGCUGCUCGAUCUGCUUAAUUUCCUGUCAGCUCUGUAACAAUACAGACUAAAGACUUGAGGUCUGGGGUGAGAAUUAGGUUCAAUUAUUUCUACCUCGCAGUUCCUGUCUGCUCUACUGAGCAGUUGUUGGAUAGGUGUGGUUCAGUUUUCUUUGUGUCUCUGUUGUCAGUCAGUCUUUAAUCUGCUACCUGCUGUUUAAUAAGUAUGUUGACUUUAUUCUGAAGAUGUAUUUGUACAUUGAGAGAAAAUAAACCAGGCUUCUCCCACUAAAACUCAUAAAACCGACAAAUCCUCAAGAUUAUUUUACAUAUUUAACAUAUUCGGAUUAAUCAAUGAUGUUUGAUAGACUUAUCUAUCCUUCUCUAUUGUGAAUUCCUUCUUGAAUUCCCUCUCUUGAAUUUUAUUUUUCCAUGGUUUGCCUCUUCCGUUGUGUUUGACAUCUCUCAUGGUUUGCUCCCAGCAGCAGAUAAUGAGGGACCGUUGGAUGAAUGUAGGCUAUGAAGAGGAGGAACUCAAACCCUACAUCGAACCCCAACCAGAUUAUAAGGACCCUAGGAGAACAGGUAGAUAACAGAACCGUACUUACAAAUAAAGAAGUAUAUGACAUAUCAGGGCUCGACAGUGUGACCAUUUCACUUGCAUUUGCGACGAAAAUAGAUGUGUGCAAAUUUUAAAAUGUACUUUAAUGGCAACAAAUGCUUUUUAAUGUAAAUACUGCAGUGAAGUUAGUUUUAGGUUGGAUAUUUGACGGACAUUCACUGCCAGUGUCUUCUCACUCUCCAUAACUGGGAAUAGCAACAACAGCGCAGUUAGAUCUACCUCGUCAAUGUCAGGUGUUGAAUAAGGGACCAUCAAUAAAUUACCGGUUGAUGUUCUCAAAAAAGGCUGUUUUCAAUUGACCUAAAAUUGAUUUUGGAUAAUAGCACUGAGGUCAAAAGAUAAGACACACCUCUUUAUUUGCCAAAUUUGUCCUCUUAAAAUUUUUGGGUCAUUGUGCCCUUAAAGUUCUUUGUGUGCUCCUUACUUUUUCAACUUAGGAGCACAUGUUUUCCUUGUGAAAAAAAGUUAGUGUCAAGCCCUGCAUAUAUCUAUUCCACUGUUUGGUAGGUGAUAUGUGUGUUGUUACUGCAAUACUGGAAACUCUUUAUUUGUGUGGCUGCAGACAUCAUGUUGCAAAUGGGAUUCUCUCUGGAGGAGAUUCAAGAUUCGCUUGUGAACCAGAAGUACAACGAUGUGAUGGCUGCUUAUCUGCUACUGGACUAUAGGAACUCUGAGGUACACUGUUUGUUUCUUACGCCUACACGCCUUCACGCCGUGGCAUACCAGUUGUUAUUAUUAGUUUUUCAGAGUCUUCUCACGUGGAGCCUCACCAAUGUUAACUUAACAGGUUACGUUUAAAAAAUCUGUACCUUGUGUGAAGUGAAUGUUUUGCUCUACAUGCAUUUCCUCUUAUCUCUUAAUUUGAUCAUAUUAAUUUCACACUCUUGAGUAUUCUCAUAACACCACCAUGAACAAAACUCUAUAUGUACCCCUUUUGUAUUUGUUGUACUUAUGACUUCUUUUUUUCUUUCCCCUCUCAGCUGGAUGAAGGCGGCAUCAAACCUCGGCCAGGAAGUGAUGUAAGCAACAUAAAUGCCCCCUCCCCGCCUCACAAGGUACAAUAAGAACACAUAAUCUCUCCUGCUAAUUCGUCCACACACUGAGGUCUUCCGGCCCGUGAAAGAAGUACUCUGACUUCACCAAAACUAGAAAAUUCUGCUUUUCUUUUUAGUGUGUCAUUAGAAACAGAUGUAAUUUGGCUUUUUGCUGGUCUGUGUCAUUAUGUUUAUAGAUAAAUGCUUCACUGACCUAUGUGUCCAUAUUUAUUUAAGGUACAGCGCAGUGUGUCAUCCAACCAGAAGCCUCAGAACCGCAGAGCCACAGACCAAGGUAAGAUUGGUGUGAAUUGGAGGAAAAAGUUGUGUUGCACAUGUUUUUGAGAAAGAAGCAUUGAGAUAAUCCGUUAUCAGGAGCUGAAGAAUAAAAUUACUAAGCCAGACAGACGGUUAUACAUUUUUCUUGCUCUUUGAAAUUGAGGUUCAGUUAAAAAAAUGAAUCAAUUCAAGAAUUCAGAACUUCAAAGACCAUAAAGAAGAUGGGUAUGGACCCACAAGUAGAAAAGUUUGCAUAGCAAGUUGUCAUUUUUUUGUGAUACAAAACCUCUUUUUUCUGUAGGCUCCCAUUCUAAGAGGGCGGGUCAGUCAGACAACAGAACUGCAGGGGAGGAUUCUGGGAGGAAAGGUUCAUCAGGCAGCUCCACUACUAAGGUGCCAGCAAGUCCUCUGGUUUCCUCUGAUCGCAAGAAGAGUGCCACGCCUUCCACUGUGAGAUCAAUCGCUUAAAUUGACAUUUUUUACACUUCAAAUUUAAUUAAAAAAAAAAAGCAUCAACAUAUUGUGGAGACCAACCACAUCUGACCAAUAAACUAACAGAGAGUUAACACUUGAAUCUUAAUGAACAUACAGCUCUCUACAUCUGGUAGAACUACAGAACAAAAGCAAGUUAAGAAUUACAAAAAAAAAGCUUUAUCUAUUCUACAUUGAUGGUUUUAUCCCAUCCAGUUUUUUAAUCUACUUAGUUAACCUCAAUCUAUCAACUUCUGAGCCUUCAUUAUAAGUUGGUCAGCAAAUGCCUAACAUCAUCAACAUUGUAUAAAACCAAAUAUAAAGUUUAUGAUUGAAUUGUGUUUCUUAAUUUCCUCAAAUCAUUUUGUUAUUUGGCUUUUUACAAAUCAAACCUGUAUUUAGACAUUUUACAAGUAAAAAAUAUAUUUUUUUUAGAAAUGAAAGAAGAAUUUUAGGGGUUUUUUUUUCGGUCUAUUAACUGAACGUUGUCAAAGUUUAGGGUUUAGGGUUGUAAAUGUGGAAUUUCAAGUCUUCCACCUUUAUCGUAAUAAUGGACAAGUAAUCUGAGCAAGUAGCAAAAUCUCUGAGCAAAAAAAGCAGAGUCAUUGCAAUGUAAAUUUAGAAAAAACUAUGUUAAAAUGAAAUAGCUUAUUAAUUGUUGAGUUUAUUUGACAAGCUGCAGAAACUAAAUCUGUUACAGGAAACACUAUAAAGCCUCAAUUUAGAAAAGAUUUGAUUACAGUUUAGAAGUCAGCCAAUAUUACUAUUACAAUUAGGGUUGGGAAUCGAGAAUCGAGAAUCGAUGGGAAUCGAGACUAAAACUUCGAUUCUUCUGGUAUCGUUCAAAUAUUAAAAUUUCGAUUCCAAGUUUCGAUGCCGGAGUCCGCCGACCGGAAGAAAUAGCCGCCGAAAAUCAACGAAGAAGAAGCCGCUUAACACCAACGAGGACGGAGCAUAUGAGACGAAGCCACACAGAAAGUGAAGAGAGACAGAGAGAGAAAGUACAUUGCAACCCACAGCAAUGCAGCCGCUGUGGGUUACAAUGUAAUCUCUCUCUGUCUCUCUCCUCUCUCUGUGUGACUUCGUCUCAUACGCUCCGUCCUCGUUGGUGUUCGGCAGCUUCUUCUUCGUUGGUCAAAAGUUUGGCUAACUUUAGCAGGAAGAAUGAGCUCUUAUCUCAAUGCAACAUUAGCAAUACAGUUAAAUCAUGCAAAGGAGGGUAAACGACAAACAUGAUUAAACACCUCAGGAUUCAUGGAGGAGAAAUACCCGAGUGCUCGUCUUUGACGCGCUUUGCCGGUGUUAUGCCAAAGAAUGCACCCCUGCUGUUGAAUGCACCCCUGACGGGAGCGCGGUUGAAAGUACACAACAAGGCGAAACAAUCCAAGUUUUUCUUACCGUUGAACGGAAUCUAAAGCGUGUGCCUUUAAUGAUUUCAUUCAGGCUAUUCAGAUAUGCCGAAAACAAUAGCCCUCUGAUUCUGAAUAUUUACUGUCCGGAAAAUAUAAUGUUCUCUACAUUAACAGCUUACUGUACAGUUUAUAUACCCAAGUACACCUCUAUGUGUGCGUUUCUGAGACACAGAAAAACAAAACGAAAGUUUGCUGCUCCAUUUGACAUGUUGUCAUGAUCUAAUACUCGUGUUUUUUUAAAUAUGAGAUCAUUGUCUUCCACUUUAAGAAGCUAAUCAGUGGAGGGGAGGCAUUCUACGGCAGGGGUGCAUUCUACAGCACAACACCUGUCUUCCGCUAACCAGUCAGGAUCAGAUAAGUGAAACAAUAAAUUACUUCUGUCCUCUGCUAACUUUGAAGCGGUAAACAAAUUGCACUGAGUACGGUGGGUCAACUUAAAUAUCCAACUAACGUUAGCCCUUGUGCUUUUUCAUAGACAAACGACCUGAUAACAAAAAAUGAUAUUUAUAUACUGAUUGAAAAUAGCCCUGUGAGAAAUUCAUAGUAAAGUUCCUAAAAAGUUAAUAUGAUUUAAAAAUUCAUGGAGAAGUUCAGAAAUUACAUCCAAAAAGAAGAGCUCCAGUUAGCGCCCUCAUUCAAACCAUGCUUUUUUUUUUUAUGAUAUCCUGCCUUUUAAAAGAAUCGAAAUAAAGAAUCGAUAGGAAUCGAAUUCGAAAUGAGGAAUCGAAAUCGGAAUCGGAAUCGAUCAAAAUCAAACGAUACCCAACCCUAAUUACAAUACUACUAUUACCUAUUACUACUUAUUCUAUUACUACUACUACUACUACUUCUAUAACUACUACUUGUAUUACUACUUCUAUUACUGAUAAUAAUAAUUAUUAUUAUUAUAAUUAAAUUAAUAAUAAUUUGUAUUAUUAUUAUUACUGUUAUUGUUAUUUAUAUAUAUAUACAUAUAUAUAUAUAUAUAUAUAUAUAUAUAUAUAUAUAUAUAUAUAUAUAUAUAUAUAUAUAUAUAUAUAUAUAUAUAUAUAUAUACAUAUAUAUAUAUAUAUAUAUAUAUAUAUUUAUAUAUAAUUAUUAUUGUUAUUAUUUGCUGCUAAACCUAAAGAAAGCCCAUAUUUAACUUGGUUCCUGAAUGUAGAUUAUUCAGAAAUGCCUUAAAACCUUUUCAUUUUCUUCCUCUCACCCUACAGAAUAGCAUCCUGUCCACUGGUACAGGUCGUAGUCGGAACUCUCCUCUGACCGAGAGAGCGACAUUGGGACAGGGCAUCCAGAACGGCAAGGACAGGUACAUGCAAAUAUGUGACUUUAUAAAACAUAGUGUAAAAAGAGAUAUUUCAGUCGAGAAGGGCUCUAUUCACUCUCAUCACCAACAACUCAAGAGGUUGCUGUGGGGCUAGACCUGCUCCUUCACUGACACACACACAUAAUAAAAACACACACCGUGGUUUGUGAAUGAAGCAGUGCCACAGCUGGCUCAGCGACUGAAUCCCAGACCUUGGCUGGUACUCAGUCGAGCUGUGCCAGCUGGCUCAGGGAGACCCAAAGCUUUCCCUCAGGGUGGGGUGAGCCCUUCAGGACAAGGAAAUCAGGCUCCCUUGGGAAUUUAGGCCAAACCUUCAGUAGAUUACAGAUUACUAGUGAUGGUUUGAUGGAGGUCUGCCAUUUAGAGCAGGGGCACUGGACAUGUAAUACUGCGUUUGCACAAACACACGUUGGAGUUGACAUACAACACAGUCGAGAAGAACUUGUUUAUUCUCUAAACAUUUUGAACCUCCUUUAGUUUGUUUUUUUCUUUGAAGUAAAAUCUCUUUUUUCAUUUCUUUGGACUCCCUCCGUUGUGUAAUUGUGUCAAACCUGGAUUUUCAAACUUAGCAAGUUCCCCUCCCCUUUCACUUUUACUGGAGAAGAUAUUCAACUUUGUUAACACUUAUUCCAUCCUUCUCAAAAGUAAUUCAUUUCUCGCACCGCUCACAAGAAGUUGCUUGAUAUGAGGCGCUUCUCCCGGGAGUCUAAACCUCUGACGCUGAAUGCACUCUACACACGUCCAUACAUACAUCUACAUGCACAUCAUUCAUGCUUAACCUGCCAUAAGCUUUGUGUGCUUUUUUUUCCCCUAUAGACAUAUAACAUAACAAAGUGUGACGCAGUGUUCAUUGUCAUUACUGCUUUAUUACUUAUUCAUGUAUAAAUCUCAAAUGACCCCCUUGUUCACAGAAUUGGGCAGAAUAAACGGGCUAAACUGAAUCUAGGUUUGAGAAGUUUGCCGAUCUUUGCUUCGAUCGCCUUCUCCAGAACAAAGCGUUGCACGGGGAUCAUUUGAGAGUGCAUUGUCUUUUUUUGACCGCUGUGGUUCUGUUAGCUCCGUAGGCUUUGCUAACUUUGUAGUUGUCACCUUUUAUGUUUUAAAGUAACUUUAUUUGACCAUCAUUAAUGCUUUAAAGUUUGGGCUUUAUUAUUGUUACUCCCAUCCCCAACUCCCCAAAUUUUCCUCCCCUUUUCUGUCUUUUUCUGACUUCGUUAUUCUGUGUUUUUUUUUUGUCUAUGUCCGAGCUCUCGUCUUUCUUAAGUCACUUCCAUUUCAAGUAUCUUUUCUUUCUUUUUGUCUUCAUAUUAAUCUUCCCUCUCUUACUUUUUUCUCCCCUCUCUCUUUCUAAGGAGAUUAGUUGGACUUGUGAUGGAAUAUUAACUCUUACAAGCACUAUAUGGUCCCCAUAUUUGCUUCAUAAGAGGCUUACGCAUACACAUACAAAGUCAGUGACACACGCACACACUCAGAAGCUUAAACAUACACGUUGCACAUACUCCAACUCUUGCCACACACUGGGUUGCCCGGUGAAUGCAGUUGUUUUUCCGUCACUAGCUGUGCUAAUCCCAGUCAGAAAGAAAGAAAGAAAGUGUGUGUUUCUCUGCGUUGUCCGUUUUCUGGUUUUCCUCUGUAAAUGUCUUCCUCUCUUUCUCAGUUCUCGUUCCUCUGCCCGCGCUUCAACUCGUUUUCACUCUUUUUCUCGUACCACUCUCCCCUGUCUCUUACUGUGUUUGUUUUUGUGUUUGGAUAAAGUCAAGUUAGAGCUGUCAGUGUUGUGACAAGCUUUGUAGCCCAUAGCAACCUCGCUGAUUAGAAGAGGUAAAGGAAUUUACCGGUGCUGUUUUACUCGAGUAAUUCCAUAAGAUACUCUUUGGUUUGAAUUCAGUUAUGAUCGUUUACAUGAGAAGGGAAGAAAGGAUUAAAAAGAUGAAGUAAGGCCGGCGAACAGGCAGAGGAGACUGAGCAAAAUUAACUCUCUGACAAAAUUGCAUGACGGCAAAUCCAACUUUAAAUCCAAGAAACCUCACUGUAAAAAAAAAAAAAGUUAGUUGAUUGUUUUUAAAAAGAAAUAGCUUAAAAUAGUCAGAUUUAGUCCUCAUUGAUUAUGCCGUGAUUUGAUAAUGACUCUUCAUUACAGAUGAGUCGAUGUAGUGUAAGACUAAAUGUUUUCAUACAUGAUAUUUUAUAUUUUUGAAUAUUUGAAGUAUUUUCAGCCCACCCAAAGUGAUGCCCCAAAAAUAGUCUUUGUGUUAAAACUGAAGGUAUUUUAAUUUGGCGUCACAAGACAGUUAAAAAGAGGCAGAUUUACACUUGAAAGGUGAUUUAUUUCUGGUUUUCCUUGAUAGUUUGAACAGUUUAUUAUCAAAGUCAAUGUUAUUUCAUUUUUUUCUUUAAAAUAGGUGAAGUAAUUCCUUCGGGUGCCAUGUUUAGUCGCUAAGUUAUCUAUCUUUUUGUUGAAAAUACAAUCCACCAAACGAGCAUGGGCAUUUCUUGGACAUCUGUAUCAACAAUGAAACUCUUAAAAAAGAUAUGUAAUAAAACCAAGCAAUAAGGUUACAAAAACCUUUAAAAGAUUCAAGUAAAAAGGGGAAAAAUGCUUUCUUAUUGCACUUGGAUUUGCUAUGAAGUUGUGGUUGCUGCUCCUCAAACUAUGUUGAUAUUGUAAUGGUUCAAUUUUAGGGUUCGAUUUUAUUUGUUAUUCAUUAUUGAGUCUUAUUGCAGCAGCACAUUUCUUGAGUGCAUCUUGAGUCUCUCUUACGAAAAGAAAACUGUUUUUAAAAGUUGGUCUUUUAAAAGCGUAACAACAAAGAUGGCCUCUGUGAUUUUUUUAUCGUUAAACCACGAUGAAAAUAUGUUGGUAGUGAAAAAAGGUCGAUGUUACUUCUGUGUGUCUGUGUCCUUUUCCUCUGUGUCUUCUUCUUUCUCUUUGUCUGCACAGUAGCUCCUCUGUUCUGUCCUUUCUGUCUCUGUGCUCUCUGUUCUUCUUCUCCCCUCCUCCUUCUCUUCCCCACCCCACCCCCCUGACUGUGUUUGAAAAGUGCUGCUUCUAACCAUGCUCCACCUCACCUCCCCACCUACACACAAACCCCGCCCAAUGUGUGAUUGUGUAUGUGUCGUGUUUGAAUGUACGUUCAAUUGUGACUGUUUGGUGUUUGCCCUGUGUCGGACUUGUAUUAUUGGUGUGUGUGUGCGUUUGUGUGUGUGUUCACUGGGCGGGGUACUCCUCCUGUUCCACCCCCCCUCUCCCAGCCUAAACACUCCGGGCUCCCGCGCCUCCACUGCAUCAGCCGCUGCCGUCCUCUCCUCAUCUUCUUCCUCGCGCUCCCGUCACCACAAGUCCCUGUCCUCCUCCAAUCAUCCAUGCCCCUCUGACCUCCAUGCACCGCGGCCCAGGCAAGUCUCUCACUCAGACUCUAUCUCUCACUCACACACACGCACACACACACACUCCCUACUGCUCCCUCGGCCUCUUUCAGCACAAAGCGCUUUGUUCAGCACAGGUCAUCAUCUUUUCUGCGAGAACUCAAUCACCAUAAAGGAAAAAGGAGGAGAACUGAAGAUGAAGUUGUGGUAAAAAAAAGUCUUGAGAUUGAAGGGACGGGAAAAACUUGUCUCUGUUUUGAACCCUUUGGUGAUAUUUUAUCCACAUAUUGACCCAUCCUGCCACACAAGUGUGUCUUUGAAGUUUCUGUUUCUUAUCUGUUCUCAAAAUCUAAAAUAACCUCAAACAGCGCUUACUGCGAGAUGAAAACAAUGGACUGCACUGACAAAGCAACAAAUACUUAAGUUUGUCCAUAUAUUCAGUAUAUCAGGGCGAAGGACGAAAGCUUAGAUCAUAAGCUGUAAGACCUGUAAGACUCAUGUACAUAUUUGUUUUAACUCUUAGUUUCUUUUUCCUUUAAUUUCUUUUUUUUAAUCCGUAUUCAUGCUGCUGUAAUUUUGGAAUUUCCCCCUGUGGGACUAAUAAAGGAAUAUCUUAUCUUAUCUUAUCACUUACCAGUGGAGAUCCCAGGGUUUAGUUCUCUGUGUUAGUGGCAGUCAGCAUGAACAGCUCAAGUUACAUAAUCACUUUAAAUGCACUACAAUUAAAACAUAGUUAGAAAUAUACCAAAAGUUACUCCAAAAACAUCCAAACACCAUGAAAACUCUGAUUUCCUCAUCAAAAGUCAUACUACAUGACAUGAAUUUGGUUGAAUCAGUCUUUUCACCUGCAGAUGUGUUGUUUUUCCAUUCCUCCAAGAAUCGCCUUUAUUUGCUCUUCUAAAGAUCUACCUGUGCAUAUUUACCUGUAUAACAUCAUCAUAGUAAGAAGAUCAGCAUUUCCAAGGCUAGCUAUUACAGACUCUCCAGUUCCUUAGCAACAGCCAGGAAGUAGAUAGUCAAAACAGCUUCAGAAAGCAAUAAAAAUCUAAACUUAGUGCAGAGAUGCUGGCAUAUCUCGUCAUUCUCAAACCUCACACUGAACAGAGAGAACUUGAGAACAAGAUGAAGAGACUUAAAAUGUGGAUGUUUCUUGAGAGCGAAAAUGCAAAGAUCAAGUCAGAGUAGACACAUUGAUGGAUCAGCUGCAGUUGAUUUCUACUUCAGGAUUCCUACCCAAGUAUGGAAAGUAUGGAAUAAAUUUGAUCAAUUUCCAGGUCUUAAAAAGUAUGUAAAAAUAUUUAUGUUUCCAGACUAUUACCACUGUAAAAAAAAUACUGUUUUCUAAAAUAGGAAAGUAGGUAUUUCCAAAAAUAAUUCUAAAAGUAGGGUAUGGAAAAGUAUGGUAAUUCUAACUGUAGAGAAACGCUGCUUCUUGCAAAAAACCACCUCUAACCAUAAGAAUACAAACAGAGCCGUAUGCAGUGAGUUGGCAACUUAGUGGGCAUUUAACAUGAUAAAAAUUGUGCACAUCAAUUGUCAACUUGUACAUUUUUUUAUUCUAUUUUGAGACACCAUGUAGAGAUGAGUAUCUCAGAAGUUGUACUCAGUGUAAAUAAACUCUUUAACAGAAUAGCACUGUGCCAGUAGGCAAUGGGAGUAAAGUGAAAGAAAUGAAUAAAUAAAUAUACAGGAUGAUUGUUUGAUAAGUUAGGAAAAACAUAAGCCCUCUUGGACAACCAAUCAAAAUGCAGUAUUAGUCCUGUUAAUGCACUCUGCUCUGUUAUAUAUUUAUUUUAAUUUCUCCCUUUAUUUGUCUUUCUGGCUUGUGAUCAUCAACAGGAUUUUUCCAAAUGGUGAUUUAGUUCCAGUUCUGUGUAUACAAGGAUAAAAACUUUAAAAAACCCUAUUUUAGUAUGAACUCUACUUUAACUUUAAAUAAUCAGUGAAAUAGAGUAAUGACUUGACUGUUGUUGUUUCAGCGGGAAACAUUUUGAAGAUGUGCAAUUUUUUUGGCAGGUUAAGUCACCUUAAAUGUCUUCCCAACCGUCCUUCAGUGUUGUCGUUUUGCACAGAGACCCUUCCCCUUUUUGUGACAGUCGUCUGGUUGGAAAAAGAACCCCGCAAAUGUCAGGCUAAAAUUCCAACAGAGAGAAAAUGUCAAGGUGGCCCUGUGGCUCUAUUUGCUUUUUCUCUGCUCCAUGUUGAAGUCUUGUUCUGUUGCAUGCGUCGACCGACAGUGAGCUCGGGCUGUUCAGAACCUGGUUGGGAACUCUGGAGAGAAGGUACUGCUUUAAGACGUAGACUGUUGCCUGAGUGAGACCUUAUCUCAGAAGACAAGUCCCAUCCAUUAGUCCUUAGUCACCCUUGUAAAAAGAAAAAAAAUAGCAAGUAAUGCUGAUAAAAAUUGACAUAACUGUUAAAAACGUUAUACAAUUAAGAAAAUAGAAUAAAUAUUUGAAUAAAGUAGAGAUGCAGCGCACUCAAUGCGAAAUAAAAUAUUGGAAAAUAUGACUUUUCUGUGAACAGAAUGUCGUCAUUGACAGCCGCAUUCAUAAAUGUUACCCAAAUAGUUCGCCCUCCUAGCCGUUCCUCCCCUGCAGCUGUAUUCAUAGAAGAUCUGUGUGUGCAGUGUGUGGGGUGUUUGUCUUAAUGGCGUAUUUUGCAGUCCGUGCACAACUUGAACACAUUAUUAUCAAAUCAAAAGAUGUGUUGAAGCUGUUCAUCAUAAAAGUACCCUGAUUCUAUGGAGAGCCUCUUUUUCUUUGUGGAUGCUCAACUGUUUUAGAGGUCUGCAAGGGACUGUGUUUUCCCCCGGUCCUUCACUAAAACUCUGUUGAUAUUCCCUUGUGGUCUACCGGGCACAUCAUAUCACUGCUACCCACUUCUGCAGUGCAACAGAGUUCAAUAUUGAAAAUCUAUUAUUUAAAAAUAUAACCCUGUUUGACUCUCAUAACAAAAAUCAGCCUGACAUAAAAUAUUAAAACAGUGAAAUCCGCAAGGUAGCAGGUAGUACCUUAAUUACUUGAUGGUUAAUAUUGUGUCCCGUAUUAAAGUAAUAGACUAUAGAAUACUAUGUUUUUGAGUUGUUCGUUGCAAAAGAUAAAAUUCACUUACCAACUAAACCUUUGCUUGAAUGAGCAGGAAUAUCAAAGAAGAAAAUAGUGAAUGCACAUUUUACAAAUACAGUAACUCUGCUUUCGAGCUUUUGUUGUUCUUGGAUGUUGAUACUGGCGACUCACGGAAUCCUCACCCUCUUUACAAGUCUGACUGCAGCCCUCUACAGUCGAUUGUCCGUGUGUAUGAACUCCUUUACUCUCUCUGUUUCCAGUUCUACUUUGUAUUCGCUCCUCUCUGAGUGUUAGUUCUUUAUCAGUUUUGUUUGGUGUGUUUGCAGAUCCACUUUUGCCACACUGGUACGCAAGAUUGAUUGUAUUUUGAACUCUGCAAGUGUCUGCGUGAGAGAGUGUGAGUGUGUGUUUCUCACUGAUCCGAUGCUGACUUGAAUAUUGAGUCGACUGACAUGAGUGGGUUAACCUCAGGGUGAGCAGACAUUGAACUGACACUCUGGUCUUCCUUUGAGGUAAAAAUCAGAUGAGAUGGAGGUAACUGUUGUUUGUCUAACUGUAUGUUUUCCUCCUCUGUCCCUCUACUUUGAACCCUCUCUCUUUCUCUCUCGAUUUCAUCCUCACCACCCUUCCUCUCUACUUUUUGAAUUCCUGCUUUCUUUUCUCAUCAACUUCCCAAUCUUUGUCUCGAUGAAUCUGUCUUAACACCUCCUCCUCCUCUCUUCAUCCUCUCUGAUCGCACCUCCCAUCCUUUAAUCAUUCUUCAAUCUUUUCUCACUUCCUCUGUCUUCCCUGCUAUUCUACACCCUCCCCUCUCUGUAUCACCUUUCUUUUUCACUCCUUCCCACCCCUCCAACCCUCCUGUAUAGUGCCCCGAGUCAGCGGGCACCCGGCGCCUCUCCAUCUGCCCACAACAUCAGCAGCGCUGCAGUGUCAGACCAUCCCAACUUCUCCCGGGGGGUGGGCAUCCGCAGCACAUUCCAUGCAGGCCAGCAGCGGGGUGCCCGGGACCAGCAGGGCUCUGCCUACCCCGGCGGGCCUGCAUCCCCAUCUCUGUCACAUGGCAACAGCCAGGCCAGGAGACCACAUGGUGCUACAGGGAUUUUCAGCAAGUUCACAUCCAAGUUUGUGCGAAGGUGAGUAGUGAGUGAGACAAUAACAUAGAGGGUAAAACAGUUUGGGUUGAUAUUCUUAGACGAAGAAAGGAUGGGACUGGAUAUGAGGCAGAAGAAUGAAAUUGGUAGCUUGGUCAGCGCUCCUCAUGUAGUUGAGGUCGUUGCUGUUUUACUUUUUAUUUAGCAUUUUCCACCGCAAGUCCAGUUUUUAAGGUCUCAGCGCAACACACAAAAAAAAACGAGUUCAUGUUACAAGCCAUUUCGCAUGCUCAUUUCCUCACAGGAACAACAUACUGUAUCUCCCCUGUCAUCACUGGUUUCAGAGCAUUUCUUUUAAAGGGGCUGGUUUCAUCUCUAUCACAAAGCCAGUGCUGAUCUGCUGCUCUACAGGGAGUAGAAAGGGAGAGGGAGGCAACAGCUGUGUCUUCUCUGUAAUUUUGUUCGGAGCAGUAGUGGCGAGGGAGUAAUUUUGGUUUUGGUUCCACGUCUAGCCCAGUUUUUAUCUUCGUCUUCUAGUGCUGGUUUCAGCUCCAGAGCUGCUCUCAUUGGUUAACUGAGUGUAACAGUAGCUGAACUCGAGUCCGACUCUUGUUUGUCAAUACUGCGAUAAAGCAUAAGACUGUAGACUUUGUAACUAAAAUAGAAGGAGAGGAUGAAACGGCUGGGCCCCAAACAGUUCUGACUACAGCGUCAGCAUAUUUUAGAAAAAGUAGGCUAGUCUUUCUGCUCUGGCUUUUGUCUCAACUAAAAAGCAUUUUAAAGAUGUAUAAAUCUUAUUUAUAUUAUUUCAUUUAUUCAGUCAUAACAAGAACAUAUAAAACUAGGGUUGGGCGAUAUGGCCUCAAAUCAAUAUCAUGACAUAUUGAGCAGUUCACCUUCAUAACAAUAGAUGAACGAUAACUACUCCACAAGCUGCUCACCCCCUCCCAGAUUAACUUUGUCUACUUCAGCCGCCCAGUCUCCAACUUUUGAACUGUCCUCCAUCUCCUCACCUGUCUUUCCCUCUUUGUUACGUACUGGAUGGGGUGGCAUCACGUCUCCGAUGUAGGACAGUGUCUUAAAGGGACAUGAGACCAUAACCUACCUACACACAUCCAAAACCAACUUUUAUUUAUAUUUUUUGACACUGCAGGGCUCAACAGUGAAAUCGUUUCACUCACAUUUGCGACUAAAAAUAGAUGUUUGCAAAUUGUAAAAUGUAUUUAGGGGCACAUGUGCGCAUAAAAAAAUCUGUCAAGGCAACAAAUGUUUUUUCAUGUAAACACCGCAGUGAAGUUAGUUUUAGGUUGGAUAUUUGACGGACAUUCACUGCGGAUAUACUGGUGUCUUCUCACUCUCCGUAACUGGGAAUAGCAACAGCAGCGCUGUUAAAUCUACUCGGCACCCUCGCUGUCAACGUCUGGUGUUGAAUAAGGGACCAUCAAUAAAUUACUUGUUGAUGUUUUCAGAAAAGGCUGUUUUCCUUCAAUAGCUAUUGAUUUCAAAUACUAGUUCUUAUGACAACCAAUAAGACAAACAUUAUUUGAUCUUUUUUCAUUGUGCCCCUAAAGUUCUUUGUGUGCUCCUUACUUUUUCAACACAGGAGCUUAUGUGCUCCUUGUGAAAAAAGUUAGUGUCAAGCCCUGCACCAAAUAUACUGACACGGGUAAAAUGACGUCAGUGAUUGUUGCAAAUUUCAGUAUCUGUAAAUAUUUGGUUUAUUGCUCAGCCCUAUAUCAAUCUGUUCUAUUCUAUAUUUGACUAGCACUAAAAUGUUGGUUAUUAAAGAUAGUUGUUAGCACUUUACUGAGGAAAAUGGUGAGUUAUAAUAACCCCCCGAAAAAACACAGACUUCAACUUCACAUAAACUUCAAAAUUAAUCUACAGAAAAGCGAAUGAGAGCGAAGAGAGGGAGAACGCCUGUAAUUAAAGGGUUAAAAGGUGGUAUAAACUGAGCAGUACAAGGUUAAUGAGCUCCGAGAGCAGCUAAGGUUGAGAUUUAUCCAGGUUUUACCCAGAGAUGUGAUUAUGAAGGAUUUUUUUCAUGUGUAGGUAAAGACAGGGAAAGAGAAGCCCAACUGCAGAGUGUUAUUUUUAUGAUGAUGUUAUUCAAAAAAGAAAGAAAUGGAGAAUGAUCCUGCAUGUGUGGGUGUGUCUGUGUGCAUGUGUGUGUGUGUGUGUGUGUGUGUAUGUGUGUAUUUAAAAGGCGGGGGUACAGGCACAGCCACUCUCUAGGCCUCCCACUCAGAGAUACUGUAGCUCCGUGGCGACAGUAUCCAUGGUUACACCGGAGAUAUCACUUUUCCCUCAACUAUAAAUACCGCCAGUGGGGACACCUUGACACACAUGCAUGCAUAGACACUUACACACACACACACACACACACACACACACACACACACACACACACACACUCAUAACUUGGCAUGCUGGUAGGAAGUCGAGGUGCUGGAGACAGAGAUUGUGUUUCAUUUGCACGAUUCGACAAAAUGCAUACUCAUAUAAGCUGAAGCUGUGUGUUUUGAUGAAAAUAUCCUUUAACCCUAUCACUGCAUUUUCCAGCUUGGUCUUCAGAGAGAUGUUUGUCCGUCCUCCAAACAUAUGUCCGUGUGUUUAUCCACGUCCAUGUGAGAGUGUGUGCUUGUUUUCCUGCAAAGGAGAUUAAGUUUCUUAAUGUGUGUCAACGAUUAGGUUGUCGCUUAACCUGUGCCUUUUUUGAGUUUUAAACGUGUUUAUGUGUGUUUAGGAUGUAUUUUUCUCUUUGUGUGUCCUUUUUUUUAUUAUGUUUGAACUCUUUACCCCACAAACACUUCUUUUCAGAUCACCCAGGACUGCUCUGUAUAUGAAGGAGGGCUUCAUUCAAGCUGGGGAGGGGGGGGGUCGGGGUUACUGGAAUUUCCCAUGUAACUCAUUAAAAACCUGGAAGGGGGUUGAGUGUGUAUGAUAUUCGUUAACACAUUUACACCAGUAACUCCCACCUUUACUCACCCUUUGAUGAAAAGUCAGUGACAGUAACACUGGUUUUCUUUUUUUUUUUUAAAUGUUUGAUAUGCUUGUUGCUUCAUCCCGUUAGUCUAGUACAUGUUGGGCUUUUUUUUUCUGACAUUUUGUUUGAAAGUUUGCUUCUCAAAAAGCAGCUUGUCUUAUACAGGAAAGUCAUGAGUCUAUACGUUUUUAUACAUACGUUUGUUUCUCUUUCUUUCUUUAUCCCUCUUUUGUUUUUGUAGAAAUCUCUCGUUCAGGUUUCCAAGAAGGUAGGCAACCACCCAGACGUUAAAUAUAACCCCUUUAUAUAUACGUAUAUCCUCUUCUUCAUAUAUAUUUUAUAUAUAUAUAUAUAUAUAUUUCCCCCCUUUUGGUGUUUCGUGAAGCUUUUUGUUAAAAUCUUACUUUGUGCCUUGAGCCUUCUCUAUUCCUUUAUUUCUGUGGUUGGCCCCUUUUUUUGAGCCUCCUGGUUUUGAGUGCCGUUUUAUGGCUCAUAUUGAUUUAGUUUUUAUAUUUCUACUAACCCCCCCUUCACCAAGCCAUCCACUCACUGAACUCACCCACUCCAUCAUCAUGUGGCACAAUAACACCUCACCCCUCUUUUCCUGUACGUCCCUCCAUCGUCCAUCCUGCCAGGCUCUUCCUCCAACAUCCCCCCAUUUCAUAUCAUUUACCCGGUUAAGUCUGUGUGAGCUCAUGUCCCCGUGUAGCAGCCUGGAUUUAGGUCGAGGCUUGAUGGUGUAAUAGAUCAAACAGUUUCCCUCAAAGUCUUAACCCUUUUCAUUUCUUAGCUAAGUUACCUUCUUUGAGUUUGAUGGAUAUCUUCUUCUCCAAAGUCUUAAAAACUAGCAACGUCAUGGAACAAAAUAUGUUGCUAAACAAAUAUCCUCAUUAUAGUGAUUUAUAGGUAUUUUGGUCCUGCUGUGUCACAUGCCUGCGAUAACCAUUACCCAAGCUAAUGUCACCUACCAAACCUUUUACCCAUCAUCCAUCUCACCCCUCUGCUUUCAUAGUUUGAAGUGAAUCUGUUGCACACACUCGUCUUAUGGUUUUAGUUUCUGGCGUAGGUUAUUUGUAGAGAUAAGCCCCCGGCUGUGGUCUAAAGUUAUAAGAUGGAGGUAGAGAGGAUGAGAGGACUCAGGAGGGACGGGACUGCAGUGUUUUCUCAGGCUGCACUCUUUUCUGGAGGCUGCACUCUUCUUCUGUCUCACUAGUCUGUUCUCACUCUGGCAAUGGCUCUCUAACAGCAGCAGCAACAGAACUGGAUGGCUUUGACCUACACUGGCUGAAUACCUGAAAUAUCUUAAUCCUGUGAACACACACACCAACACACACAACACUUCAUGCACAUGUAUGUAAAUUUAUACUGGCAUACCUGAACAUGAAAAGAAGACGAGAAAUACAAAUGUAAAACACAUCAUUAGUUCAACAGUUAAGCGUUCUGUGCUGGACACAGAUUUCACUACCACAUUUGCGGGUAAGUGCUUUUUUGUCCAGGAGGUAGAGCAAGUUUUUAAUCUGGACAUUUGCUCCACCUGGUGGUCAAAAGUUGCAACUAUAUCUUACUAUUGAGUGUUUCUAAGAAGACAUUGGAUGAUGCCAAAUCCUUACAUUUGAAAUUUCCUCUGAGAGAAUAUGUUAAUUUUCUAAUUAUUUGUAUAGAAAAUGGGGACAAUUGUCAUUUUUAUUGUGAGUAUAUGAAUAGAUUGUAUUCGAAGUGCACUCUAUGUAGUGUGGAGUCAAAGUUUUUAAGAAAGAGACCAUUGAGAUCCAUUUAAGUUGAAGUCAUCAUCUCAGCUUUUAUGUUACAGCACUCCUCCUUUGGGAGCCAUUCUGCAUCCCUUCAUAAUCCGCUUAAUCACUCAGGGGAUGCAAAACUGCAAGAACAGCAGAAUCUGACAUUUUUUCAUCGAUGUAUCUUUAUUUGAAGGAAAUUCUUGUCAUUUUUUUGCCAUUUUCUCACUCUCCCUUUUCCAUAUGAUAUAUUUUUAACCAUUUGUCUAUUACAGGAGCUUUUACAAUGCAAUGUUUAAAAUAUUUUUAUAAAUGGGGCAAAACAGGAAUGAUGCCUCCCCCUUCACGGAAUUACUUAAAGAUUUUACUUUUUUUUAAUGCCUUUCCUGCCAUUGUCUGCAUGUGUUAUGCUAUCAUACGUCUUUGUUUUUUUUUGUUGUCUGUUCAGUGUUUUGACAGUCUUGUCUUUUGGUAUGAGAGAGAAAACGUGUGAGUGUAUGUUUACAUGUAUGUUAGUAUGUUAUAUAGAAGGUAGUUACAGUGCUUCCAGGGAGUGUCUGUGUGAAACCACCUAUGUUUAGGUACAAUGUUACUAAUAGAGGUUCAAAUGCAGUGCUGGGAUUAUUAAUGCUCCUAACCUCCUUAAGUGGCACGACUUGCCCUCACCAUGCUGACCAUUCUGUUCCAAACCAUUCCAUCCAAGUCCAGACAUCCCAUUUUUCUUCAUUUUCCCAUCAUGACUUCUUUUUGAAUCAUUUUGUAUCCUGAUCAAAGCCACUCUGCUCCAAACUGCAUCAUUUACACCAGCAGAUUUUGUCGAGCCAGCUCUUUUUAAAUAGUAAAAAUAAAAGCAACUGUAUGAAUCAAGGAUGUUGCAAAGUUUUUGCAAAUUCAAGCUAGGAUUUACAAAUUAAGAAACAGUAAUCCAAAAACGAAUAAACUGUACGCAAAAUCAUAAUAUGUGAAGAAAUCCAACUGUCAGGAUCAGGUAGUACCAUCAAGGUUUUCAUACUUAAUCUUACUUAAAAAAAAAAAAGACUUUUCAUUAAGGUGUACUUCAAGAAAGGUAAAGGUUUUGUUUUUUUUUAAAGAAUAAAAUAAAAAAAGGAGUUAUAGUUUCAACCACGGAUAUAAGUAGGAAACUACAUGUACGCAGUACGCUGUCGCAACCUGCUAAGCUACGCGCCAACAUGGCAGCCGUCUUAGUCGGGGAAACUUUCCCAUUAAAGGCAUUAGAUGUACAUGGGAAAUAAAUCAUAUCUUGCUCAUUUCCAAACCAAUUUUCAUGCGUACUUCAUACUUUGUUUUCAAUGCCAAAUCAUGUGCGAUUAAUACAGAACAUUCCUUGUUUUUUUUUAUUUUUAAACCAAAUGUUUUGGCGUUGACAGUAAAAUAAACUGCUUGAAAAUCAGUUCUGAGAUGAGCAAGAUAUGAUUUAUUUCUCAUGUACAUCUAAUGCCUUUCGUGGGAAAGUUGCCCUUACUAAGAUGGCUGCCUAAGCUCAGAUAAAAGGAGCAUGUCGUAUCUACUGCUCAUACUAUGGUUUCAACAUUAUUUCUCCUGUUACAAUAGGAAGUUCUGUAAUCUGUAGUGACUUCCUGUUUACACAAAUAACCGUUUUUGAUAGGACAGCCGUACAGAUAUUGUUUUAGUCUAUAAAGACACAUCUUCUUUAGAGUGUUGCAAGUCUAUUUGUUAAAAAAUUUAAAAAAUUAGAGUGUUGAUUUAAUUUUCAUGAAAUGCUGGUGCAACCCAAUACUUAUUUUCACUCAUUCUUUCAGCCCAUUGUAUCCUCAUAAUUUCCCCUUCAUGAGAAGCAUUAAUGCAGUACUUGCACAGAGUAGACUGGCAUUGGUUAUGGGGUAAUCGGCAUUACGGUUGUCAAAGUUCUCAGGUGGCUAUGGACUUGAAUCAGAGCAGCUGAAAUGAGAAUAACACUUGGUACCAAGAGUGUGGUUGGAUUGGAACGUUCAGGCAGGCAUGGCGAGCAGAGCAACUGUGUACAGACAGCUGAUUAACUUGUCUUUUAUUUCUUAUGAAGAGUCCAGUUGUUACCCUUAGCCCUCAAAAGACUAAACUUGUGUUGAUUUUUCUCGAGGAGUCCGUAUGAGGGAGAGGGUCGGGAUGAGGGGAGCAGGUGAGAUACAGAACAGCCCGAAAACCGAAAAUUCCUACAAAUCCCCAGGCUCUCCCAAAACCGCCUGCCAAUCAGUAGACUGGAGCCUAUUAGUAGAUGAUCUUUGAGCUUGUUGUGAAUGGCUGGGAGAGGGGCGGGGGGGACUGGGAUGAAAUUGGGUAUUGGUGAUGGUGUUUAUCUGCUUAACCAAUCAGGAGUUGACAGAUGAGCAAUAAUGAAUGGAAGCAUCCCAUAGAGUGAAAGUGCUGGUGUGGAGGUUGACCUGCAUGGUGGUGUGUGUGACGGAAAAUCAAAACCAGAUUACCCCGAUGUAUGUUUGUGUGCAGGCAGAUGAAAAUUCAUGGAAAAAUAAAAAGAACAAUUAUAAAUCCUCAUCGUUUCAAGUUGAAGUUUUGUAACUUGAAAGAUGUGCGCACACAAAUGCACACAAGGGUACCUUAAUUUUUUAUUGUCCUGAUUUGUUUCCACAAUCUCAUCAUGAUCCUUUUCCUUUCCAUCAUUCCUUCGUCACCACCCUACCAUCCCCUCCUUUUUGUCUCUACUUUUUUAUGUAAUCCUCUCAAUUCUUAAACACUUCUUUUUCUCUUUUGGCUUACCUGCCCUGUCUUUUCCCCCUCUCUGUCUCCCUGCUCCUCCUGUCUCCUGCUUUUUCUCCCCCUACCUUUUCCUCUUAAACUCUUUGUCCUCUACUCUUUCUACCUCUGCCUCUCACUUUCUGUGCCACCCUCCCAUCCCUCCUCCAGAUCUAUGCUGAGCAGCGCAGUGGACAAGUCAGAGAAGACAUCCGGUGGUGUUCUCUCCUCCUCUUCCAACAAUGAUGAGAACAACUCCUCACCAGGAUCUGGUAACACUGGUAUGUUUGCUUCUUGCAAGGGAACUCAAGCUUGUUGUGUUGUUACUCUUUCACUUUGCCACAAGAUGAGAGUCCAAAGUUUCAAAUAAGGGAAGUAUCUGACAACCAGAAAGGGCAGAUUCAUUUUGUGGCCCUUCUUUGUGAGAAAAAGACCAAAACUUGUGAUUACUCCUUCGUUUUUAUUGGCAUGUUUAAAAAAAGACAUAGUGCUGCGUUCGAGUCAGUGUUGUUUUCGUUGACGAUAACGUUGACGAAAUUGUCAACAAAAACAACACUGCAGAAUAUAUGUUUAGCGUUUGAUUGACGAAAUGCUCAUGAAUUUUGCAACUCUGUUCGUCGUUUUCGUCUAGUCUCGUUUUGUCAGUGUAAACGCACAUUCGUCUCCUCACAUUUUAGUCAUCUAAGACUUAUGUUUAGCUCAUCAACGUCACGUCUUCAUCGUGGACACUGGUUCAAGCUACCUCUGAAGUCAGAAGUCUGAGCUGGGAAUGACGUCAUACCCAAGUUACUAGCGUUUAGUUACCAAGUCGGAAAAAAGCCAAAUCUGGGCGGAAACAAGAUGGCUACGUUUACAAAAGUUAUAUUAGCACUUGGAAUGUCCGAAUAUAAGCGGGACAAGGCAAGCGCUAAAAUUUUGUUUUUUUUCCGACUUGGUAACUGAAACGCUAGUAACUCGGGUGUGACGUCACUCCCAGCUCAGACUUCUGACUUCAAAGGUAACUUGAACGCAGCAUAAAUAAACUGUGUUCAUGAUGGCAUGGUCACUGCGUCACUCUCACCUGUCACCCUCUCAUCCCUCUUUUUUCCUCCUCAGGUGGAACCGGUACCCCUCCGGCCAUUGCCAGCCAGAAGGACUCGGCCAAGCCCCGCUCGCUCCGCUUCACCUGGUCAAUGAAGACCACGUCGUCCAUGGAGCCCAUGGAGAUGAUGCGCGAGAUCCGCAAGGUGCUCGACUCCAACAGCUGCGAGUACGAGCUGCGCGAGCGCUACAUGCUGCUGUGCGUGUCGGGCAACCCGGCGCGCGACGACUUCGUCCAGUGGGAGAUGGAGGUGUGCAAGCUGCCUCGGCUCUCCCUCAACGGUGUGCGCUUCAAACGGAUCUCCGGCACAUCCAUCGCCUUCAAGAACAUUGCCUCAAAGAUUGCCAACGAGCUCAAACUGUGAGUGAGGAGGAGCAGCGAGGAGAGAUAAGAUUUAAGGGUGGAGGUGGGAGGAUGAGGAGGGUGAUAGCCAGGUUGAAGAUGAUGCUAUGAGUAUGAUGGGGGCAGUCAGAAAGUAAGCUAAGGGUGGGAUCACUUUUAUUAACAUGAUUGUUAUCUGGGCAAAGGUCUGAAGUAGGGCUAUUGGUUCUCUGAGACUAGAAAAUGUGUCUUUUCUAGAAGUUUUGUUAAGUUUGCAAAGGCCCUGCAGUUCGAAACUCUGAGUUGAUUUCUUCUGAGUUGUGAAGUACUUACAGACCAAGGUCUUCUCUCUUCUCUGCUGGGUUAAUUUCAUGUUCUACUUAGACGUUCCACUCUUCUGCAUGUCCGAUCUCUGUUUUAGAAGUCACACUUUUAUCACUUUGACCACUCCUGUCACUUCUUCCUGCUAUUUAUUCAGUUUUUUCUGCACGGUUCUGCUGCCAGAUCUUUUCUGGUGGGAGGGACACUAGGUAAAAAGGUGGGGUUGGAUGGCGGACAAAGAGAGAGAGCAGAGGGAUCGCUGAAAGCCUCUUUAACGAUAUCUCUCUGAGUCUCUGAUCGAAAGCUGUGAGGGACAGAAAGUUUGGAGCCUUAUUUUGCUGGAAAACUCUAAAGGAGUUUUGAUUGAACUUGAUCUGGUUCAAUACUGAAUGGACUCCAACCGAGCCAGGACUUUGGUUGCUGAUGCCUACUGUCUCUUACACACACACACACGUACACACACACACGCACACACACAAAAGGACAUCGAAUGAACGAACUCUGCUGUUAGUAAACGGACCUUCUUCAUCCCCUCCUCCCUGACCAGAAACGAACUUCGAAAAGAUCCACCUGAUCGACCCUUCCUCCACUUCCCUUUACAAACACACUUACACACACACGCUCGCUCGCUCUCACACUUCUAAAAACACUUCACCAACCUCCCUCUUCUCAUUCAAAAAAGAACUCAGCACAAACACAUCCAUCUUUUUCACCAUUUCACUCCUUUUUUUUUGAAUUCUCACGUGUUAUCAAGUCCAAGGAGGCCAGUCAGACUUGACGUCUUCAUUGAUUAUUCGGGCUCUAACUUUGACUUCAAGUCCGUACUUGAUUUUUUUUUUUUUUUUUUUUGAAUAUAAUUUUAGUUUCUUUGUCUUUCAUGGCUUUUAAAGAGUUGUGCACUGGAAAAGAGGGGCAUACUGGGUACUGGGGAGGGUUGGACCUUACAUGGACUGGGUUGUUCCAGGAUUUUAUGUUGCCUUUCUUUAUAGAAUAAAAAUUCUUGGUUUCAUUUUGUUGCAUAAGUCAGCACAUAAAUAUACAAAUGAUUUAUUUGUACUUUGUUGUUUGUUCUUCAGUUGGCAUCAUGCCUUCAUAACCAGAAUGUCAACACUGAACCAACACAUUUUUAUUGUCCACUUCUUUUUCUCCCCCCAUUCCCCUCUGGGCUACAUCGAUCCCCAAAGAGCAAACCCGCAAACAAGGUGUCUUUGGAGUAUGUAACCACCAGUAUGUGUGUGUGUGAGUGUAGUAUAAAAGAUCACUGGAGAAAAAACUAAAAAAAAAUAACAAAAAGGACAAACAAAAAGGAUCGACAAGGACGACGACGAAUGGUGAAUUAUUUUCCUCUUCUACUUUUGAUUUGAUAAUAUAUUUUUGUGUCGUUGAAAAUUUUGGGCUUGUACAGAUUUGGAUCUUUUGGGGCAGGGGGAUCACGAUGGAUCAUAUCAUUGCUGCCUUUUUGGUGUAAUGCACCUUUAACACACACACACACAUAACACACAGCCUGUAGUGUAUCAGAUUUAACACAAACACCUGUGUUGCAGACAGGAGUUAUUGAUGUAUGUGAUGAUGUUGAUGAUGGUGAUGCUCGUUCAUCUUUGGCUUUUUUUUUUUUUUCCUUUUAUUGUUUUAAUUUUUUUUUUUUUUUUUAAUUUUAAUUUUUUUUUUAAAGCCUUUCGGGUCUGAAAGGCUUGAAGCAGAGAGUGAAGUACAAAAGACUUCUUCAUCAAAACGUUUCUCACAUUAGAGCACAUUUUCACGUUUCGAACCAUAAACCACAAGAAGCAACUUCCUGUCUCUUUGCGUUUAAGCUCCUGUUUGUGAAAACAGAGGAAAGCAAACACACGCGCGCUCUCGUAGGGGGUUUUGAAACGAAGGGGGUGAUGGGGACAAUGUUCGGGUCCCAUCAGCUGGUUGUUCCUUACUAAACACUUUUCUUUCUCUCACAAUGACACACUGUCGUUUUAUUAUUUCUUUCAGUUUUUAAUACGUCAGAUUUUUCUUUCAAAGUUGAUCAUUGUAUUAAGGUGCUGGGUAUUGAAUUCUAAUUAUUAUUCUGGCUGUUGCUGUUAUAUUAUCUCUUUCAGGGUUGAUUUUAUUUUACAUUUUUUUCGUUUUACAUUGCUGUAAUUUACAUUGAUUUUAAAUGUGUUUUGAGCAAACUGUAACUGUAGUGGUGGGUUUGGGGUUGGGAGGGGUGAUCAGCUCCUGAAAAAUGUAUUAUUUGUUUGUUUUUUUUGUGUAAAGACAAAAUGAUGAAAAAUUACAAUGAUAGUAAUAAAAACAAUGAUAUAAUGAUAGUGUGCCUUUGCAAUUUAUUAUUUUAUUCCAUUAAAAUAUCCUAUCUGGAAGCCCCAUAGUUAAUCUCAGCAAAAGAUAUGUCAAUUUUGGGUGUCAUUAAUAUGAUUGUUACACAUUUUUAGCGUUUGUCCUGACACUACCAACACAUAAAUUAUCGAGUAAAAAUCAUGUGCAGAAGUUUUAUAACCAAUUCCUAGAGGUCUUUACCUUCUUUUAUGUAAAAGUCAGUUCAAAGAUGAAGAUGCUGGUCGAAGCCCAUUACUUAUUUGAAUCCUUAGCAUGCAACACAAAUGCUUGUGCUUACCAUCACCAGAAGGGGGUGCUGUAAAUUCUUACAUAUUUUUGCCUUUUUGUAAUAUUUAUUCUAGUUCCUUGGUAAUAAUCUUCUUUUAGUUAAACAAUGGGCUCUGUGCACAGCUCCACUACUUCCCAAAAUUAAGGCAGCUCCUUUAUUUCCUGUCUUACAUUAGUGGACAAAUUGAUUAAUCCAGGUGUGUCUGAUUAGUCACAAUAAUUAGUCACACCUGGAAUCCUCAAAUAACGUGCACGUGCGUAAGCAAAGUCCGCGUGCUACAAUAUCGGACUGUAGAAACCAACCAGAAAGUACAGAACAAUGUCAGAAUCCGACUUUGUUCAUGACUGCCAACACAAGCAAGACAACAAAGUAAAUUCCGGAGACUCUGGAGGAAUAACGGCGCUAAAAAGGAGGUAGACCGGACAAGAGCUAUGAAGCCGGGUCAUAAUUAAUGAAGCAUGAACGAGGGUCUCACGGACCCCGUAACCUUUCUGCUGGACAGGUAAACCGCUUUAACAAAGUAAGCAAAGUGUCUGUAACAGAAGUGUUUACGGUCAAACCGGACCUGCUGCAUGUUGUAGCGCUGCUGAACUGUUUACCCCGGGUCCUGGAGUAUGUCACUUUAUCCUAGUUGUAGAAGUCCUGAAAACAAUGUGUUUGCUGGUAGUCUGUUAUGUACGGUGGCCGAAAAUGGACACUACUGCUGCUGCAAAAAAAAAACAAAAAAAAAAACGCCACAACAGACGUUACAGAUGCACAAAAAAAGAAAGAAAGAAAAAUCUAAGUCUGCUGCAAAUAAAAAAAAGAAACGGUGCAGAUGAAAAAAAAAACACAUUGGAAUUUACCAAUGCAAAAAAAGAAAAAGUUACUGUGAAAAUAAAAGGAUGCAAAUAAAUUAAAAAAAAGCCACAACAGAAGUGAGCUGCCGGGGACCAAUAAUGAUGAUGCACUGGUGUUUUAUAAUCUGGGCACAGACAGAAGAUGACAGUGAGAAAACGAGCAAAGAAGUAAGAGGAAACAUUAUUCAUUUCGCUUCAUGUACUUUUCAAUGUGGUUAGGCCAUGUUGCACCUGAGUCAAUAUGGAGUUGAACUGGAGGAUGCCGGUGUAGUGUUCGCUUCAGUUCAACUUCAUAUCGGCUCAGGCGCAACAUGGCCUAAAACAUGACAUAUUGAAAAGUAAACAAAGCGAAAUUAAACAAUACUUCUGUGCCCAGAUCGUAAAACACCGGUGCAUUAUCAUUAUUAGUACCCAGCAGCUCACUUCCACUGUGGCUUUUUUUGUUUGCAUCCUUUUAUGCUCGCAGAAAGUAACUUUUUUUUCCAUCAACCCUUUUUUUUUUGGCAUUGUUAACUUCUGUUAUGGCUUUUUUUUUAAUCUACACCUUUUUUUUUUUUUUUUUUUUUUUAAAUCUGGGACUCCGUUUCAUUUUUUGCAUUGGUGAUUUCCAUUGUGACUUUUUUUUUGCAUUCUUUUUUUUUUAUUUUUAUUUGCAGCGGUGGCGGUUCUUGGCCACCGUAUGAAGCAUCUACAGUAACACCAAUGCUUUUUACCUUCUCAUUGACUGGGCUCCAUUUCUAAUUAUCUGUAGUAUUUGUCUGCAUUAUAUCUGAAUUUAAUUGAAACGAUAUGAGCGUGUAUGUGGGCAGGGCUUGCUGGAGCAGAGAGGGAGGGGAGAGGAGGAGCUGAGGGGAAAACUGGUUGGGAGGGGUAGUUUCCAUCACGAUUUCUCCCAAAAACUGCCACUUCCUCAGAUCCUGCCUACCCCACCUUUUAAUAUCAAGUGUUUUCAUGUGGUUUGAGCUGAAAAAAAAAAAACACUGUUAUUCCCAUGUCUGUUCAGGUGAGCUCUUCUCCAGUGUUGCUCAGGAAUGUUGAGGCUGCAGGUGACCAAACCUGAUGAGAAUCAACAGAUGGUGUUUGUAUAGGGCUUAGCAUUUGAAAACAGAUCAUGUGUUCAUGAAGCACACACAUAUCAGCCGUUAACCCACGAUAAAGUAGUCUUUUGUUUGUCCAGUUGUCUCCUGAUUAUGAGAAACCCUAGCUACAUUUCUUCAAAUUAAGACAGACUUGUAUUUGGUUAUUUAUUUAUUUAUUCUAGAAAAAAAAGACAUUUUUCAAACACAAACAGUUCAGUUUCCACAAUGUAAACAACUUCUCACAUACAGUACACACAAGCAGUUUUUGGAAGAAGGGACUAAAGUACGAAAACAAGUCCGGGCAAAGUCAAAAGGCAAGCCGCUUUAAAGCCAAACAGCGAUGGGCCGCUCUGGUUCCUGCUCAGUGCUGUGUGAAUUAAUCUGGCAAUGCGAGACUACACCAUAAGUGGAAAAGCUCUGAACACAGUUUAUACAUGAGGUGUAGUUCCACAUGUGCUCAAAAAAAAGGCAGUAGAGACUAUGACAGGAGGAAAGGCCAGGACUGCCAGAUGAUACCACAAAUAAAUAACAGCAGAGAACCGCUCAGAUACUCCAUUGCAGUAGAUUUAGACACAAAAAUACAAUACUCGUGGACACAGUUCAUUGGCUUAAACAGUUUACCCAGAUUCCCUUGAAUCUUUCUAGCCUCAUUCUGUGCCUCAAAAACAGGAUUAUGAAACAGCAGAUAAAAGCCAUGACAGUUUUCAAACUCUCAUUUGCAUUUAUUCUGACAUUAAACAAAGUAUAAAAUUCAGUCAAUCUCAACCAACCUGUGCUUGUUCAGCCGUCCUCUCAAAGUGUUGGAUGAGCGGUUUGCUUUGAGGUAAAUGCACAUUUAAUUUCACUUUCUUGCAAAUGUUUACUCAUCACUCUUGUGUCUGCAUGGCGGAAUAUGAAACGACUGUCAACUAUUAACUAACUCAACACUCAUUAAGACUCAUUGCUUGGCUUGUUGGGAAGUUCCCUCCCUAAAACCCAUUCUGACUCAUCCUUGUUCAAAAUCAACAAGCUCCCACUGUAAGGUUUUUAAUGUGCUGCUCAACAGCUCACUGGAUUUAGGAAUUUGGUGGGUCAAUGAGCUUUUAAAGCAAGGAAACACUUUGGCGGGACAUUUUCAUUUUGCAGUGUCUGUAGGAGGUUAAGGGGGGUAAACAGCGCCCUUCAGUCUGUGAACCUGGUUUAAGAUUAGUCCUCUGAACCCAUUUUAACUGAAGCUAAUGCUGCGUUCGAGUAACCUCGGAAGUCAGAAGUCCAACUGAAAAUGACGUCGCACCCAAGUUACCAGCGUUUCAGUUACCAAGUCGGAAAAAAGGAAAAUCGGAUGCGGAAACAAGAUGGCUACAUCUACGAAAGUUAUUUUAGCGCUUGCCUCGUCGGAAUACAGGGCAGGCGCUAAAAUAACUUUCGAUGGCUACAUCUAUUAAAGUUAUUUUAGCGCUUGCCGUGUCGGAAUAUAAGCCAAGCGCUAAAAUAACUUUCGUAGAUGUUGCCAUCGAAAGUUAUUUUAGCGCUUGCUUUGUGGGAAUAUAAGGCAAGCGCUAAAAUAACUUGUAGACGUAGCCAUCUUUUUCCAACUCGGUAACUGAAACGCUGGGAACUCGGUAGUGACGUCAUUUUCAGCUCCGACAUCUGACUUCCGAGGAAACUCAAACGCAGCACAACGUUUCCCCUGGUGUUAGCGGUCCACAACAAUGUUCCUCAGAAACAAUGAAAGGUUAGCAUGAAGCCAGUGGAAUUGAACAAACUGCAGCGAAUGUCUUUAAGAGUUCAGUCAUAUGAGUUCAAGGCUUUUUUUCCUUAGUGCUCAGUCAAUCCUCAUCUCCUUAGUAAAGUUUGUACUACUUCAACUACUAACCACUAACUGUUUAGCUAAGGCUCACUUUAAAAAUCUAGUAAAAAAAAAAAAAAACAGACAAAAAUAAAGGGAAAAAUACACACCAGUUUAAUACUAGAAAUACAUGGCUAUGAAAGAAGAGAGGUCUGAUCUGAUCUCCUCCUCUUCUCUUCUCCGUUUUUGCACCAACAGCUUCGGCAUUUAAAGGUCAUCAAAAUCAACUCUUAGCUUUGUAAAGCUUACUUUUACCUUUUUCUCCUUUUUAUGGGUGUGAAUUUUUAAAGCAAAUCCCAUCAAUCAAAAACACGUGUUUCUACACUUCAUAGCCAGCCGUCUGAUGGAUCCUCUCCGGCUCGGGUUUGAGCGACUCUUCUUCUCGUUCCCUUAUUUUUUUGUACUCUUUGAUUUUCCUGAAAGUUGCUCAGACUACUUGAUACCUGCUCGGUGGAGUCUACAGCGCGAGUGUGUGUGUAUGUGUGUGUGCAUGCGUCUUUGAGCGCACUCUCUUGUGAUCCAGAUGUUCGGCGGUUGCCAUGGUGACGGGGCAGGUGGGUUUUCAACUCUGUGGUCACGGCUUUCUUUAAAAGCUCGACAAUCCAGUGUCUCCUUUUUUUGUGUGCAGGCAGGUAGUGUUUGUUUUUAAAGUUUCUCGCUUGUUUGUUUUGCGUGCAUGUGAAGGUGUGAUGAUGACCGGUUUGGAGGUAGGUGUUUGUUAGUACAGUAGAGGGGGGGUUUCAGACCCCUGUCUUAAAGCAGGAAAGGUGGGAAGUCCUCACACUCUUUUCUGUCACACUUGUAGAGCUGUUACAUCAUUCAGGGACCUGAGUGUGUUUCUGUGGUCAUGUCGUGUGUGAUGGUCCCAGGAGCAGAGGCAUCAGACAGUGUAGGAAAGUCUUUGUUUGCCUGCAGACUAAUUUGUGUGUGUUUAUGGGUGCUUCUGUUUCUAUCAACUAAUUUGUGUAUGUGCGUGUUUGUGUGCAUGAAGAUGUGGGCGGAUCAGUGUGAGCUGGGCUGCUCCACUUUCACCCCCACCAGUGACGGAGGUACCUGCACUGCAGCAGAGGAGGAAGUACUGGGAGGCGAGGCCUUGAGGCUGGAGCUCCCGGUGGAGGAGGAAGAGGUGGUCACUGCGGGUCUAAUGAGCGGAGGCGGAGGGUGGUUGUGGGGCGCUCGGUUCUGGAGCGGGCGCGUCUGCAGGGGAGGAGGCUGGCGGAGGAGGCUGGGGGGAGCAGAGGGAGGGGCCGGACGCAGCAGAGGAGGCGGCUGAGAUAGGGAGGAGGGGGUCUGGGUGGAAGAGGGAGGAGAGGAGUCACCGACGAGGUCUGAGGGAGAGUCCUCCAUCUUGACCUGACAGGAGGAAGGAAAGUAAAAGAUUAUGUGAGAAUUAGUCAGUUCAGAGUAGCUGGAAGAAAAUCAGGACGAGGAAGGAGGACGAGACAGUUGAAGCCGUUAGAUCUGGUGACAGUAUCAUGACUGCUGCUAUGGUUAUCACAAAUGGUCUGAUUUGAUGUCCUUUACAGAAAACAACAUUCUGCUGCUUUAUUGUAGAUCAGUCCAAGGUAUUUGACUCAUUAGACAUUCAUUAUGGGACCCAUCCUGUUCUCUAUCUUUAGAAAUGAUUUGAGUAAGGACAUUAAAGCUAAGUUACACCUUUAUGCUGAUGACACCGUUAUCUACAGCCACGCUCCCCUGCUACAAAAGCCAUGCAGGAGCUUCAGACAGAAUUUCACUCUUUACAAACAGCUCCAAUGAAUUUAAAUUUAGUUUUGAUUAUCCUCAUGUAUUCAUCUCCUUUGCAAUCCCUUGACUCAGUGUCCCGUGCAUCUCUUUGUUUCAUUACUAACGCUAGAUCCCUCACUCACUGUUGUUGUAUUCUUGAUGAUUUAGUGGGUUGGACUUAAUUGGCAGUUGGCAGAUAACAGCACUGGUAAUUUUCAACUAUAAAGCUACACCAUUUUACCUCUGUACCCUCCUCU